AUGAAGAUUGACAGAAGUAAACUGCGCAAAACGCAGUCCGACGUGGUAAGUGUCGUACAAUUGCGAGUAGAUAUCAUUUUCCGUGAAGUUCAUUAUCAGAAACUUGAGUUCGAUGUGUGAUAGGCUGAGAAAUCUUGUAUUUUCUUCGGACGCAGUGAGUCUCUCAUGUAUAGUAGACUUUACUAAUGUUCUCUUCUAGUACUUAACUAACAAAGUUUUUUUCAUAAACAGGCACCUGAGUGCAAACAGCUUAUUCAAAGGUUGAAGGAAGCCAGCGAUUGCGAGUUAAUUCGAAUUCUCAAAGACAUCAAUACCUGGUACUAUGGAAAGGUACACAGAUAUUAACUUCAUCCUUUUUACUAAUAUCUAGUGUUAUUAUUUGAAUGUUUUCAUGAUCAUUUCAAUAUUCCAAUUUAUUAGUUUGCUAAGUUUUUGUAUUGUUAAAGAUCCCCGUUAGACAAACAUCGUCGUGAUGACAGGAAAUUCAAUGCAUUUUUAAUACUUUGAUUGCUACUUGUACAUAGUUCAGUUACAUUGAAGAUGGCUUUAAAAGUUAGAUGAUUAGGUCGUUAAGUUAUUUCUUCCUUAUGGAAACAACAUUUGCCAUAGUGUUUGAAAAUAUGCUUAAUUAACUUUUGAUUGAAGUCGAAAUCUUUCAGUUGCAAGGAUCAUUUUGAUUAAUAAUCACUUGAAUAAUGAUUUAAGUACAUGUAAUAUUUAGCAAUUCAUAAUCACUGUUUCAUUCGCUACAGUACUUAACAGAAUUAGUUCCCAUCUUUUCUUUCAGUUAGUAUUGUUUUUGUGGAUUGAUCAUUUUAAAGCUCUGACCUUAAGGGUGUGUUAAAAAAUGAUGUCAGGGUCUAAUUUCAAAGGAGAAUUAUUUGGAAGUGUAGAGAUACAAGUGUAAAUUAUGUUGCGUAAAGUCAAGCCAAUAUUUUUCAUAGGCUAACUCAAAUUCAAUCUUCUGUUUUCAAAGUUCUCUCUUUUGAUCUUUUUCUUUGCAUAACACUAUGUAGCCUUUAGAAACUCAUGUGUUGUUAAAAUUUUGUUAUAAUAUCUUUGAUGGAAUUUUAGCUUGUUUUCAAAUAGUUGUAGAAGUUCAAGAGACUCUGAAAGCUGCUUCUUGUUUAUUUACAACAUGUAAUAAUAAGUGUUUAUUGUCUGAGUGGGAGGGCCAGACAGGAAAUAUUUAGCUCGAGGUCAUGACAUACAGACCAAGUGCAUUGAGGUCAGUUCAUCAUGACUGAGAGCCGAAUAUUUUCCCAUGGGUCCCUCUCACUCGCUAAGCUUUUUAUCAUAUGACUACUAAGUGUUAAAAAUUUUGAAAAUUUUGCAUCAACCUAAAUAGUAUGUGAUAGAUCGGCUUACAUGGGACAACCACAAAAAAGAUUCUUGGAGCCAGACCAAUUAAAACACUUUUUCCUUUAAGUUUUUGCAACAAAGCUGUGUGAGUGCAGGGCCGGAUAGCUCUCUUUGGACCAGCUCUCAUCAACCCCUUCAGCCUUACACAGGUCAACUUUCCCUAUGGUUUUCUAUGGGAUUGUGCACGUGGAGCUGUUCAGGUCAUAUGAUAAAAAUGAAGUGGAUAGGCCAUAAGACAAAACCCGAACACAAGAGCCUACUGUAAGGCUGAACAGGUUUAGACAGGUAGCUGUAGAUUGCCAGUAACCAAUUUUUAUUAAAACUCCUAUUGUGGUAGAGUAUCAGACCAACAAAUCCAAAGUACUAAGGUUAGAUUCCUCAUAGGUUAUAGUGGUGCUUCUUUAUCCCUAACUUUUGACAAAGCAAAAAGGGAUUUUAUUUAAUUAAUACUUUUGUUUUGUUUAGUGUGAGCUUCAACACUGGGUAGAUGUUAUGGACAAGUUUGAUGAAAUCUUGGCAAGUGUUGCUAAACCAGUUAAUGGUAGCUCUUGGAUUAUAACUUAUGACAAGCUGGAUCAACUUGAGGGACCAGAUAUAGCAGUAAGUUUUUUAACUUAAACAAGCGAAAAUAGAUGUUUCUUAGACUAUACUUGAGAUUAUCCCCUUUAUUUUGGUUAUUGAUAGUGAUUUUGUAUGGUAAUUUUUACCAUACAAACCUCAAUGCUUUUUUUUAGUUUCAAAUCCUGCAAAGCUUAUUUAGCACUAAGUAAGUUAACCCUUUAAUUAAACUCCAAAGAUCUGAUUGUUAAUUCUCCCCUCUAGCUGCUCCACAUUUCCUUGUAUAUUAGUUACGAGAAUUUGGUGUAAGAUGGAGAUAACCACUUCUACAGUGUACAUGUACAUGAUAAAUUUGAGUAUUCUUGUUACCUGUUUACUGGAUAAUGUAUGGAAAUUAUGGGGAGAAGUAGCAUGUUAAUCACCUACGGUAGUUAAAGGGUGAACAAUUACUGUUUGUUGGGUUUGGAAGGACUUUCAGUGUAUUGAUUUAUUUUUAUGUUAUUUGUAGAUUGAACGUCGGUGCUUGGUAAACCACGUGUUGAGAUUCACAGCUCUGGUGUUGGAACACUCAUACACAAGACAUCUGUAUAGCUCAUCAGAGGUAAUUGUUUUCUUUUUACACUUUAGCAGCUACUGAAUGCUAGGCUGACAAGCAUAACCUGACCAAAGUCAUCAAAACUAUACAUGUGUGACCAUGAAAGGCAAAACGGACAUUAAUGGUUAUAUGUUCAAAUGGGUAAACUGUUCAUUAUCCGUUUGUUAUCCGUUCGAAGGCCUCAAAAACUCUGUUCAAAGCAUUUGAAAAACUGUUCAAACGGUUUGCAUAUCGGUUUGAAAUACAUUAGGGUCUGUUCGAAGUUUUGUGACAUCCAUUUGAACGGUUCUGACAUCCUUUCGAACAGUUUGGACAUCUGUUUGAACAGUUUUUGCAUCAAUUCACCAACUAGAAGUGUCUAUUCUGUUCAUCUUUUCAAAGGAAGAAAAUUGCUCUCGUGGUUUCUCUACAGAUAUUCAGUAUAGUGGUCGGAACGUCACAAUCUACAUCUCUAUGACUAAAUUGUGAGACAAAUGAUUAACUCAGCUAUCAUUUUAAAUCAAUGAGAAAUUGAAUAGUUUCCAUUUUCAAUUGUGAGAAUAAAGGCCUUGAAAUUGAUUACAAUGACAAAUGAAAUGAAACAAUACUCAGCAACAUUGCCCAUUCCAUGAUCAAGCUACAUGCUUGGAACAGUUUGGCAAACUGUUUAAGCAGUUUAUUCAUCUGUACAAUUGGUAAACCAAUAAUUAUUGUACAACCAAUUGUGUGGAUUAAUAGUAUUUUCAUCUGUUUGAACAGCUUGCCAGUCUGUUCGACAUUAUCUGUUUUACUCAUCUGUUUGAAUGGCUAAGCAACCUGUUCAAGUAAUUUAUUCACCUGUUUGAAUGGUUUGCCCGUUCAUUUGAAAAUUUUUACUCAUCUGUUUGAAUGGGUGACCAAACUGUUUGAAUAAUUUAUUCACCUGUUUGAAUGGUUAGGUAAACUGUUCAAACGCUUCAAGGACUGUUUGUUAACCGUUCAUUAUCCAUAUGUUUUUGCCAUUUUAACUGUUUUCUGUUAGUGUCCAUUUUGCCUUUCACAGUCGCAUGUACACCAUUACAUAGCCAUUUGGCACAGUUUCUAGGAAAACACAAAGCAUUUUGAAAUCUUUUCAAGUUGCUAAGUGAGCAGGGAAAGGCCAGGAAUGGCAGAAGGUCGAAAAAUACCACCCAUAAAAAGUCCCAUAACUUGAUCUCAGGCUCUAACACUAUACAAGAAAAAUAUUCUCCACUCUUUUCAUUUUGCUCAGCCAGUGAAAAAUAGAAGUGCUUGGCACACUUUUUUCUGUUGUUUGACUAGGGUUUGGUACCACAGUUGUCAUUUGCCCAAGUGUAACUGCAAUGGGUUUAAGUCUAAAGUUUUUAAACAAUUUAAGGGUUUAGUUCUUCAGCCUACAGUAUUACAAGCCUACACUAACUGCAUUCAAAUAUUUUUUCUUAUAGCAUCUGGUUUCACUGUUGGUUGCAAGUGACAUGGAAGUUGUUCUGUCAGUUCUUGGAGUACUUUAUGUUUUUAGGUAUUUUCUUAAUCUCUCUAUGUUACAUGUAGAUGAAACUAAGGGGUCUAUAGAAAUUGUGGAGGUGACAACCUCAUGGCAGUAUAAGAUAAGAUCAGUAUAGAGUCAGGGUAUAAGGGUGUAGGAGUUAGGAUGGGGGAGGAUGGGGGAGGAUGGGGGGAUGGGAAGAUGGGGGGGAGGGUGGGUGGAGGAUAGAGGAGAAAAACUUGACAGAUUGUGAUUAGAAUUACUUUCUUUAAAAUUAUUUGCCAUUUCAUAGUAGGCUUGGCAAUUUAUACAUGUAAGCUUUUUCCUUGGUGCUUACUCUACUCUUUGUUGUCAAUAGUAAAAGAUCUAGCUUUAUACCACGGUUACCUGCUGAGAAAAGGAAAGCAAUUCAACAGCGUCUUCAAUGCCUAGGAGAGGUAAGUAUCCAGACAAAAUAUUUCUUCAUUAAAUGAUCUUUACACUAUCAAAUGCCAUUUAUGUAAUUGCAAAGAGAAGCCUUCACACUCUGAGCACUUUGUUAAGAUUUGACUCCUGUAAUUUCUCUGCCCUAAUAGAGUAAUUUGAUUUUUUAUUGUGAGAAUUAGGAGAUAUUGUGGACUAAUGAUCUAAGUGUUGGACUUUGGGUAUAGAGAUCCACUUUGGAAACCUGGCUGUGUUAUCGUGUUGUGUUCUUGGGCAAGACAGUUAUCUCUUGCAAUGCCUUUCUCCUUAUAGGAGUAUCAAUGGAUACUCAUAAACAGCAAGGAACACCAGACAAAAUCUCGGGGGGAGGGGGGAACAUUCAAUAGACUGGCUUCCUAUACAGGGGGAAGUGAUAAUACCCCUAAUAGUUUCAAACUACUGAAACCUGGAAGAGCUCCAGCCAGAGGAUCCAUUAGGAAUGAUUGCUGACCUUACCUCUACUUUUCUAUUUAAUUAUUGCGAGAGCCACACUUUGUCUGUGUAUUUCUCUUUGUGUUAACAUGAAGAUUGUAUUAUUCUUAGACAUGGGGAGGCAAGAAUGCAGGGUUCAGUCUGGCCCACUGUUGUGAGGAUUUGCCUCCAAAGGUAAAGUUGCAAGACACAUUUAAGCAGCAGAAUAAAACAACUGAUUUUAAGCACCCCCCUAUCUCCCUAUAAUCUUUGUUGUUUCUGAAACAAUUUUGUAUGUGUGAUUGUCUUGUGGUAUGUAAGCCAUUUUUUCUUUUGAUCAGGCAUUCUUCCAGGCUUGAAACCAAGAAUUUUGACACAAUACUGUUGUGCUGUUUAUGUAUGUUCAUGAAACUUUUGCAGUACCUACAUGUCUAUGUUUUUUUUUAUUUAUUAGUUACUACUUCCUUAUUAAUAUUUUUUAGGAUUUUCCUACCAGCUGUGCCGACGUUUAUUUUGAGUAUUACAAUGAAACCCCAAACACCUCACAACCUGAUUCACAGGUAAAGAAAGGAUAUGAACUAUCCACUCUUAGAUAUUUUGAUGUCAGCUCUGCAGUGCAGUGCAGUGUUCUGAUGACAUUUGACCUUUUUUUCUAAAAAUGCUUUUGAUGAUGAUGCCAGUAUGUCAUGUCUACCUUAACUAGAUUUUUGAUAUGAUUUAAAAAGAUUGUGUUUUUCAUUCAUUGAACAGGCCCAAACCUCAGGUAGCCAGUUGACUUCUGUACAUGUCAAGCAACUUUACCAGGUACCACAUUGCACAUAUAAAAAGACCUGUUUGAAUGCUUAGGAUAAUUUUCAAGGAAUUUUCACAUCCUCAUCCUCCAUAGUCUGAUGAUCUGCAUCUUCCACAGUGACUCAUUUGCUCUGAUGAAGGACAAACUCUUGAAACACCAGCUUUGAAACUCUUUAUGGUUGCCAAAUGACCUUGUUAUACUCUCCCAUGGACGCAGCAACACAGUUUCUUUAAAAACUUAUCCCCUUUCUUCCACAGUGACUGUUACCCUAGGUUCAAUCAUUCAUUGAGCUUUGUAGGAAAAUUCUGCUUAUCUACAAACAUAUAUACAAUGUUGUUCUGUGCUACCUUAUUUGCUAGUUUUCAGAGAAUCCAGGAGAGGUUAUGGAACAGGUCUUGGGUUGUUACAGUGUCCCUGCUGACAAACAGGUAUUUUGAAGCUGUGCAGAAUCAAGGGUAGAUUCUUGAUAUUUCCUUUUCAUCACCAGAACUGUUGGUACAUGUAAUUGCUGUUAACCCAUGAUUUUUGAUAAGUGAUCAAGACAGAAUUUCUCCUUACAGUAUUCAAUACAAUAUUAAGCAGACAAGUGAUGAGUAUAGAGGAAAAUAUCAAUUUGGGGAUUAUAAGUUGAUCCAAUAUCAAAUUCUCUUAACUAACAUCACAAGAAUUGUAUAGCAGAUGGUAAGGAGAGUCACUAAUGAGAUCUUGCGAGUGAAAGGGCUAAGUUUCACCAUGAGUGUAAAUGUUUUAUGGUUGUAGUUGGUGAUCAUUGAACUAAAAUGUAGGGGUUACCAUUCAGCUCUACUCCCCAUCAGAUCAUACAGGGAAAAGACUGUUGUCUCAAUUUCUCUCUUUUGUUGUUUGUUUAACAGGUAAAUCUGUUCAGUAGAAUACGACUAGCUAAACAUUUUCCUGUUUAUGAGAAGAGAUUGCAGUGUAUCCAGGCUCGACUCCAAGCCAUCUCUGUGUUAUGUAAGAGCUUUAUCCUCACAAGUGUUUAUAAAGUCAUGUACAUUUGUUUGUUGUUUACUGGGUUACUGUAGAGGUCUGUGGCCAUGGAAUUUUGUGCCUAAGGUCUUUACUGUAUUGUUUAUCUUCUUAAACUGUUCUGGAUGCAAGUUAUCAAACUGAAAAUUGUGUUAUUUCUAUUACAGUGUAUUCCAACAGCACCCAGGAUGUUGUAAACCCAUUGCUAUAUCAGGGAUUUAUUGAGGAAACCGUAGAAUUACUUGAGUUGGAGCAGCCACAAUUCAGUGUAAGUUGUUUGUUGGAUAUUCAUACAAUUUAACUGCCAUCAACUCUCAUGUAAAGCUUGUUAUGGAGCAUGAUUAACUGCUCUCUUGCUUUGACAGUAGUGGCAUAAAAAUGACUUCUUGCUGGUGUGUGAUUUUAUUUUUACAGGAAAUAAGAACAGCAGCUAUCCGUACUCUUACUGCCCUGGUACACAUGGAGUGCAGUCCAAGGUAUGCAAAAAAAAAAUUGUGGUUUGGAGUGGGGUUGAAAAAUGUUUGUAAUUUUAGCCAGCUGGAAGUUCUGUGUAGAGAAAAACUGUGACCAAGGUCUGGGAAAUGUUGCAGCAACUCCUAGUCAGCUUAUAACUUAUUUAUUUUUUCUCUCCCUAAAUUAUGUAUGUAGUUGUUGUCCUUUUCCGGACUUGAAAUGCACUCAGAGAAUGCAGUGAACUAUAAUAAACUGAGAAUUUUUAUUGGAAUAUUGUCUCCACCUUUCUUGUGUGAUAAAAAUCUUUGUUGAAGUAUGUUUCUGCACUAAAAUGGAUUUGUUGGCAAUUUUGGUAAAUGCAUUGACAAAAGUUGCAGCAACUCUAGGGUAGGGAUAGGAAAAUCCAGCUUACACAUAGAACUUAAUCUGAUUACAGGAUUUGCUGACAUACCCUUUUGAAAAAAAAUGAAUGACUAUUCAUGUUAGUUUAUCUUGAAGAAAGGUAUUUUUCACUGAGUAAAACCCUGCAGUUUUACUGUACAUGUAUGAUGCAAUAUUGAAGGAACAAAAUGUUCAUGUGCAGAAUGUUGCAUUGAUUGGUAUUUUCCUUUGAUCGUAGAGUGAACACUGUGAUUGACUGCACAGGGCUGGCAUCUUAUCAUGGAUUCUUACCUACACUUACGAGAAACUGCAUCCAAGCUCUUACAGGUUUGACUUUGUCUUUGUUUUUGUUUUAUUGAAGCAAAAUGUACUUAUAUUAGAACUCAAAGGAUUUUAUUCAUUCCUAUUGCAUAGAAUAUAUAUGUGAUCCUGCGAGAUAAGGGUUCACACUUAAAAAAUAAACUUCUUAGUGGCAUAAAAACUAAAUGUUUGUGUUGCUUUAUUAUAUUUCAGAUCCACACGGUGAUUCCCUACCCUUACCAUUUGCGACUGGUUUGUUUUCAUUUCUUUACCACUUGGCAUACUAUGAAAUUGGUAGGUGAAAUGUGCCAAGUAAUUUUUCAUGAAAAUUUCAUGCAGUAAAUAAGAGGCAUCUGUAAUGUUAUUAAUCUUGUCUAAUAAGAUUUAUACAUGUAUGUAAGAAUGCUAUCAUUGAAGUGUGCAUGUACAUAUCUGAUACAGCACCACUCAAAUGUUCAUAGACUAUUCCUUGGAACUAGAUCUGUGAUUCUCAGUCCUUGCAUCAUGAAAACUAAGAAGGCUGAGGCUUGAUUCAAGUUUUGAGUUGUUUAAGAUAUUAUUGAGUCAAGUUUAAAGAUUUUAAAGAUGAGAAAUUAAAAGGUUUAGGCAUGGUUGGCUUUUCAUACGAAUAGAAGCUUCUUCCCUCAUGUUUAUUUCAGAAGAUGAAGGUGAUUGUGGUGGGUGCUGUAAUGGGAGCUUCUUCAUUGAACUUCUUUCUGAAAAACUUCAUUCAAGCUGGCUUUACAGUUCCAUCGAUGAUCUCUCAAAUUAACUUAACAGUUCUAUCAUGUAGCUUACUGUUUACAUGGUGUUUGUUAGGUGCUGAAGCAUUGGUAUCCUGUGGUUUGUUAGAAGCUCUUCUUAGAGUUGUGGAGCACCAAGGAGGAGACAGUCAUUUGACAGUAAGAUAAUCACAAAGAAUCAAAUUCAUGUGUUAGAGAAAAGAUUGGUGUGGCACUUGGUUGUUAUUCUUUCAUUAACUGCCUUGUGCAGGGCUCCAUGCUCAAAUUUUUCUAGAGCUACCAACUAUUAAUCUAAAAUCGGUUUGGUUGCUAGAAGAAAAAAACACUUUGUGCAGCAUGCAUGUGACAUUCUUAACUGCUGAAUACAUUGCUUAUCAACAUGUGAGACUUGUACAUGUAGCUUCUAAAGGGUACUCAUUCAGCAUCAGCCACUUUGCAGGAACCCUGGUGAAAUCUUGAUAGCCUGAGCUCUCUUUUUUUUUACAUUUAGAUGUGGAGAAUACAUGUUUUAUCUUGUCAUUUUACUCUAUUCUCCUACUGCUACAUUUUGUUAUGAAAAACUUUCUCUAGUUUUGCUCUAGUUAGUAGUAAGUAGCCUAUAUAGAAAAGAGAUGGAAUCCUUAACCCUUAAACUCCCAGAAGUGAUUCACAUGUAACUUCUCAUUACAAUAUCCAGCCGCUAUUCUGCAAACAGUUAAUGAGAGUACUCAAAUGUAUCAGGUAGAAUUUGUUAUCUUGAUCUAACUCCAAAUUCUUUCAAAUAAUAUACAAGGAAAUGUCUAGCAGCUAGAGGGGAGAAUAAACAAUCAGAUCCUGGGAGUGAAAGGGUUAACCUUUUCUUCAAAAUCUUAACUAGACUUAGUGAUUUGUGUCUUUGUUAAGAGAGAGUGGUUGCAUUGUAUGAUAGCCAGCUCUGGGUGAUGUUGUGACAAUGAUCUAUUUCAGAACUGUUGUGUCUGUGUUUUUAUAAAUAGUUUGUCACAAGAGCAAUUCGUAUUAUGGAGUGGAUUGCCAACAUGGACUUGUCUGGUUACCAGAAUCAGAGUGGGCUGACUGCCAUUAUAAGCAGACUAGAGGUACAGUAUUUAUGCAGAUACUCUAGAUCUACAUGUAAAUUUGUUUGAAAACGCAAGUGUACAUUGUUUGUAUGUGAAAAAGGCUUGGAUGCUUAAUUGAUAAAUGAUAACUUUUUAAACAUGACUGGAAUAGCUACAGGUGUAUGGCCUUAUCUGGCAAAAACUGCCAAACCAGUAACACCGCUGGAAAGAGGAAUUUUCUCCGAUACAAAGUGGGAUGAUGUCUGGAAGCUUUUCCAAAUCUACAUGCCUGUGGGUGUUGUCUGUACCCAGUGCAACACAACAUAUGUAUAGCAUGUUUUGAUAAGUGUUUUUGUUUGUUUGUUUUUAUUUGAAAUAUGCAGCAAGAAAUAAAGAAAUGUCUGUCCCAUCAUGGACCCAUACUGUCUCCAGAACUCCCCUCUGUACCUUCCAACCAACAAGAGGGUGUUGCCAUGGAAACAAAUGAUAUGCAGGGAACCCAGUCUGAUGCUCCUUCACAGCCACACCAAUCAGAAGAGGUGCCAAUGGAAACAGAGCAGCCAUAUGUCAACAGUACAGGAGUCGCAGAUGAUAACAAAAUGGAUGUGGAUGAACAUGACUUGGGCAAAGAAAAGUCACAGGUUGAAUCAGCAGAUGCAGGCCCCAGCUCAGGAACAAGUCCUGUCAGCAAGAACCGCUGCUUGCCUCAGAGAGCUGCAUUGAUUAAAGCUGUUCUGAGUUUCUUAAAGAAAUCUAUUCCUGAUCCAUCUUUCUCAGAGAGUAUUAGAAAUGGUAAAGAUAAACAUUGCCUUUUGUUUUGUUCUGCAAGGAUAGUUUGUGGAAUUCUCUUGAAAAUCAUCACAAUAUUAACUCAUAAAUCUUAGAUAUUGUAUAAUUGCUAAAUACAGUCAGUCUCCAGUUGCUCAACAUUCUAAUUUUCUAAUUUUUUUUGGUUGUUUGUUUUGUGCAUUUUACCUUAUUAUUUUCCUUAUUUUUCCAUCUUCAGCUGCUACGGUGGUGAAAUCUGUUUCCUUCUUGUAACACAGAAAGUAUUUGCCUUUGAAGUUGAACAAUACUUAACAUUCUGGAUACUUGAUUUGGUAUUUUUCAGUAAUGGACAGCUCACUUCCAACAUCACUGAAGCACAUCAUUAGCAAUGUGGAGUAUUAUGGCCCUGUUCUCUUCAUGGCAGGUAUAUGUGGUAAAAUUAUAAUUUUCAACAAACUUGAUUACUUGUUAAUCCUCAGCAGAAUGUUUCUGGCCUCACUGAUAGCAGAAGAUGGCUUUUUGACAAACUGAGCAGAAUUCAUCAUUAGAGUCAUUUUUUUUUCUUAGGUAUUGUAUUUUGUGAGACGCAUGCUCAAAGGUUUCCAACCUGGUCUUUAUUUCUUUCCUUAACAGCUAUUGAUGUUGUCACAGUAUAUGUUUUCCAUGAGCCAUCACUUCUGUCCUCUCUCCAAGACAAUGGCUUGACUGCAGUUAUGCUGAAGGCUUUGGUAGUAAAAGAGGUUGGUUAUGUUGUGUCACAGUACAUACAUGUCCACUUUAAAUAGUAGAGUAAAAGAAAAUAGAAUAAUAAAGCCCCAAAUAAAUUUAAUCAUGGCUUGAAAUGCACCUCUUUUAGUUAUAUUUAGAUAAAAGAAGGUUGCCCUGUGUAAAGCUCAGGAUAGGAAUUCUUCAUUCAGUGAGCUUUGUGACUAAAAUUUGUUCCUUAUUUUCAUUUAAGGUUCCAGCCACACGUGAAGUUCUUUCAUCACUACCAAGUGUGCUUAGUGCUCUUUGUUUGAAUACCAGAGGACUCCAAGCUUUUAUGAGCUGCAAGCCUUUUGACAAGUUGUUCAGAGUCCUGCUUUCUCCCGACUACCUUCCAGCAAUGAGGCGUAGAAGAACCUCUGAAAGCCUAGGUAUAGCUUCUUAAAUACAGUGAGAUACAGUAAAUCAUUUGAACCCAGGAUUAGCAAUUGAUCAUGACCUGUAGCUUGAUUGUCCAGGUGAGUGUAAGCCUGGAAAGGACAGUUGUCAGUGGCAGUGACUGCUUUGCUACAACCUGAGCAGAUGUGCUGCCAUUUGCACAAUACUAUAUAAAUGGGAAAUGAGCUCUGGAUGUCAUGGGCUGCUGGCCUUUAAGGCUUCAUCUCAAGGACAUUUGUUUUAUCUUUUUUUAGUGUGAAUUAGCAGUGAAUAUUCAUGUUCUGUUUUCUGCCUCUCAGGGGAAACUGCUUCCAACCUUGGCACAGCAAUGGAUGAACUAAUGAGGCAUCAACCUACUCUAAAAACAGAUGCCAUGAUGGCCAUCAUUAAGGUAUCUGAAUUUUUUCCUUUUGGAAGAUAUGCUAUGUGUAGUUAUACAUCUGGGCCCGGUUGUUCAAAGUCUGAUUAGUGCUAACCCAUGGUUAAAUUUUAAUCCAGGUUCUUUAUUCCUUUGUUCAAGAGCCUUUUCUGGAUAAUUUCCUCUUAUCCUUUUAGGGCAUCCAAUCAUCAAAUUGUACACAAAAAAAUUUGAAUGAAUUUUCCUUUAAAGCUUUCUAAUCGGAAAUCAGAUUUCACUCUAACCCUGGGUUAUCUUAACUCAGCUUUGAACAACCUGGCCACAGUGUUGUGGUAUUUCCCUGUUCCUAAUCUGUGCCUGUCAUUGGGAAAAUUUUGAACAAUAUAACUGCUGAAAUCUUUAUGAAUUUAUAUGAAGAAAGACUGUACUCCAGAUGAGCUUUGCCAGUCCAUUUACUCUUCAGCACCAUGCAAUUGUGUAAUUGGAUCUUAAAGAUGUACUUGUGAAGGGAAGCCACAUCUGUGGCUUGAGGGCUUGCAUGAUCUUUUCAGCUUUGCGCAUAGAACUCUUGGGCGGGCAUGGAUAUGCAUACACAUGUUGUUCUUUAUGCCCAUGCAAAUCCCCCAUGUUUUUGAGUCAGAAUUUUGAUGUUUUUUUUUUAUAAGAUUUUUGUCAGGCCAGGUAGGCUGAUAUACGUGGAUAUAAAAGAAAUGUGAUUAGUACCAUUUAAAUGAGAGAGGCCUCAAAAUGUACAAUGAUAGAACCGUUGAUGUGUAUUUUUUUUUCAUUUUGUAUUCUCCUUUUAGUUGUUGCAAGAGGUUUGUAGUCUUGGUCGAGAUCCCAAGUACAUUGGCUUUAAGAUGGGUGCUAAACCUGAUGGUAGCGAUACAGAUAACAGUAGCACACUGGGACAAGGAACUGGGCGUGUGGCUGUUGUGAAUGAGGAGCCUAUGUCGGAUGAAGAGGAGGACGAUGAUGAUCGAUUCAGCUUUACAAGCACCACCACUGCUGCCAAAGUUGUGACAGAAAACGAUAAGAUCAAGGAUAACUCAAAGUAUGACAUCACAAUAUUAUGUUUUAAUUCUCUAAGUACACUGCACGUAAAUGACAAAAUCAAUUCCAUCCAAAGAAAGACGUUUUCUUUUGCAAUGAGUGAAAGACUAAGAACAGAUUUUGAAUCCACAUGAGGUAGCAAACCUCAUACCUUUGGAUUCCCUAGCUUGAUGCUCUACCACUGAGCCACAGUGACUCUAAAGGGAGCUACACUGUAGGCUAGUUCUAGAAUCACACGUGACUUGACUCAGACAGAAUUCCAGGAUCAGCAAUGUUGAAAGCUUUGUUGUAUAGUAGGAAGGCAUGUAUUACAAGAAAAAUGGUGAAUGUUAAGCUUGGUAAGUUGUGAUUGGUUUCAGUUUUUCAUUUUAUUGGUUGCGACCUGGGCACAACUUUAGGUAACCAAUAACAGAUCAUUACAAAUACUGCUCUGUGGAGAUCCAUGAGAACACUACUAAGGUGUUGAGUAUGGCAUUUACUCUCACUUUUUUAUUUUAAAGGACCACAGAAGAAGAAAAAAGAACAUUCAUUCCUCUCAUUGACUACAUUCUGAAUGUGGUAUGUAGAAGCUCAUUGAAAAUAGUUGAGAAAAAACAAUCAGGUCAACAAAGGUUUUGCAUUUUUCAAGAAGACUGUACUUAGAUCUAAAAUGUUUAUGUAUUCUGAAUGCUGAUUUUUUUGAAGAGGUUGCGAUAGUGUGUGUCUGAAACGUUUUGAUGGAGGAUUAUCUCACCUACAUGUGAUAGAUUGUUCUUAAAUUUGUGAAUGUCGUCAUUUUUCCAGGUUAGAUUCGUGGACUCAAUCCUUAGCAAUAAUUCAACGGAUGAUCACUGCAGAGAGUUUGUUCGUCUUGGAGGUCUGGAUCCCUUGAUCAACAUUCUUGGUCUGCCAAACCUGCCUCUGGACUUUGUGACCUCCCCUGCCUGUCAAUCCGUUUCAGGCGUGUGCAAAUCCAUCUUGGUAGGAAUCGACUUUCUUAGUUUUUUUGUCACUAAGGGUGGAAUAAAGUGAGAUAUAAUUUGGCACCAGGGACUACCAAGGUUAAGCUUUUUUUACGGUGUCAGAUGGUACUCCGUUGCUAUUAGUAAUUGAAAACGCCAACCAGGAAAAAGUAACUUUUGUUUAAUAAAGGAAGCAAACGUUUAUCAAAAUUGUGACAUUUCAAAUUCUUAUUUCUUUCAUUGGAAAGUAAAAAUUAAUUUUGCUAAAUGAGAUAACUACAGUAUUGAGCCAACUGGGAUUUGAAUCGAAAUUGACUAGUGGCCGAAAUUUACUUUCAUCUCGAAAACGUAUUUGUAAUUGUUUUGGCUGUCAACAAGAGGAACAACUCCCAGUAGCAGUUACAUGAUUGCUGACCCAAUUGCAAUUGAACUUUCAAUAAGCAUUUGAUUCUGGAAAUAUGAAAGAUGAAGAAGAGGAAUUUUCUUGUCUCGGGCAGAAUUGUCGAGCGCCACUUAUGUCAAGAGAAGAAGGAUGCAUGUACCUUGCUUCUCUUCACCCGUAGUGAAAUUUGAUAAUAAUAAUUCUUUAUUUAUAUGGCGCUAUUUCUAUCGCUUUUCAAUGGCACUUUACAAUGACUGAAAUAAACAUGAAAUCCUGAUUGGCAGGAGGCAGAUCAGUUGGCUAUUUGCAAAGCGCAGCUGAGGAGUUGAACUCGGGGCGACCGAGAACAAAUCCAGUGAGUGGUAGGGUGGAGGACUUGGACCCAGGACCACCAGGUUACAAGUCCAGCACCCUAACCACUCGGCCACUUCGCCUCCUUAAUUAUUCGUUGCUUUUGUUUUGUUUUGUUUUGUUUUUUUGCGCAAACUCUCUAAUGGGAUUAGCUGCUAAUUAUUCUCUCUACAUUUUCCUCUCUCUCCCAGAUGUUAUCACACGAAUCUCAAGUGUUAAAACAAGGUCUGACUCUGCUCAAUGACGUGCUCAGUUCUCUGCAGCCUCUGAUUUUAAGGUCAGCCGAAUCACCAGUAUCCAUUCUGCUGCAUGAAGUGGCCUGUUCGGGUCGACCACAACAGGCCAUGGCAUCAGUGCAGCUUACUCCACUUCUACAUGGAAUAGCAGCCGCGCAUGCAUUCAUCAGUAUGUUCCUUCAUGUUUGUAAAGUUGGUCAGGUGAGAAGGCUGGUUGUUAGCUGUUCAAGCAGUUUUUAAUUGAGUGGCGAAAGUGAUCCAUGAUUGCUUUGGUUUUGCGUAACUUUUCUCUGUGUUUGGUCUGGAAAACUCACGCCACUUUCUAAGCCAAUCAGAUUCAAAGCUUAAACCACUCGUGAUUUGGUCACCCGCGUUUUCCCGCGCUUCAUGCACUUGCCUGUUUUUACUUUGAGUUCUUGUUGGCUAACUAUGAUGUGGACCUGCGCUCUGAAUGGCUGUUGCGAUACUUUGGUUUUGGUUUUUCAAAACUCAACUGAAAACUGCUCUAAGAGCAUUUAAAGUAUUCUGGAUUAUGUUAAACUCUUAGUCUACAGGAGACAGAAGCAUGUGAAUCGCGAGUACAUUACUCAACGCUGAUAGAAGCUUCACCGAAAAUAAGUGUUUCCAAGAGAAAGAUGGUUGACUUUUAAGCUCGAUGUAUAAAGCUAAGACAUAAACAAUUUCAGGUUUAUUCUUUGCAAACGUUGGUCCUGAGAAUAACGCGAGUUCUGUUAGUAAACAAGUCUAAAGCGCCAGACUUUCCUUACACUGGCUAGAUCAGCUGUUGAAUGAUUAAUUGUUUGCUCCUUCCACAGUUCAUUGUGAUAUUUAGCUAAUCAAGUAUUUCUAACAGUAUUUUUUCUCGUGGUUACAGUUUGAUAUCCGCACUUUGUGCAUCAAUCACUGGGGUUCUGAUGAAGGAAUCACUGUUUUAAAGCAACUCGGUCAGUUAUACAUGUUCCUUAUCUGGGAAACGAUUGUCUUGGAAACUGUUAGCCGCUCAGAUACCUCAUCUGAUGAAACGAAGGUUUUUGACAAAGAUCUGGAGAUGCUAAAAGCUUCAACUUCAGCAAGUCAGGAAGAACUUUCAGGUACAAACAAUAUUUACGGUGUAUUUCACUCGGACAACAUUGUAGUGAUCCUCGUUUUAGGCUCUUUAUUCUCCGUUCUCACUGUAGUAAAUUUCGUUGCCAAUUGGUUUUGGAGAAUUUGGUGUUACAUCAAGUCAUCCAUUUGGUGGAUGAUAUGUGCACGGCCGUCUAUCAACAUCACAAAAUGUUGCAUGGUAACACUUUUCGCUUUCACUUUGAGUUUCACACAACUCCAUACAUGUAGGACAAAAGUUUUGGACCAUUUCUGUAAGCACUUCGCGACUUGAUUAAGCCGUGAUCGUAUAAAUGGUCCAGGUCGCGUCUCAUGUAAGCCGCAGAUUAUUUCCUCGGUAUAAACGGCCCUAAUACCUUCUAGUCGAAUUUUUUCUUCCCACCACCUUUCUGCUUGAAAAACGUUUUUGUAGUGUAAAGAGAAGUACGCUUUUUGGUCGCUCUUGGGAGUUAGACUGUUAACUCUUUAACUCCCAAGAUCUCAUUAGUAAUUCUCCUUACUGUCUGCCAUACAGUUCUUGUGAUGUUAGUUUGGAGAAUUUGGUAUUGGAUCAACUUAUAAUCCCCAAAUUGAUAUUUUUCUUUAUUCUCAUCACUUGUCUGCUUGAUAUUGUAUUGAUAUUGUAAGAAGAAAUUCUCUCUUGGUCACUCACGGAAGUUAAAGGGUUAAUCAUGCGAUGAAGUUACGAGGGCAUCUACUAUGUAUUCGUCUUUCUCAUCAUUUGACCUUGUGCAAUUUGAGAUUGCAGUACACCAGUACUACUCCUUUGUCCAUAAACACUUGAGGGCAUCAUCUUGCUUGAAAACUAAACGUGAUGACUUACAGUCUGUUGGGCAGUUUUUUUAGCUUCAAAAUUACCUUUUCUUUAUAUAUAUUUUCAGGGCAAACCUCGGAAGGCAGUACAGUGAUAACAGUUACAAACGACAAGCCAACAAGUGGUGAAGCCAACGCCGCAAAGUCGAAUCUUCUUCCUGUGCAGCAAAGAAUAAUAAAACAACUUCUUCAGACAUCAACUGCUCUUGGUCGUGCUUUGUCAGACCUGUUUGUCCUCCUUGUGAAACUCUGUGUGGGAUCUGCUCAGAGGAUGCAGCGUCGAACGCCACAUCUAGCAACGCCAACCCCACCAGCUUAUCUCGUGGCUCUGGAGCUCAGCAAACUUUUAAAGGAUGCUUUGUCCUGGCAAGGAUUUCCCAGUGAUAUUCCAGCGCUCAAACCAAGGUAACUGUUUUGUGUGUAUGCUUGUACCGAAGAAUUGUCAGGGAAGGAGGGGGGGGGGUAACUUUGCGAUUGACUGAGAUCCCAUCCAGGGGGGAGUAGAAAUACUUUCAGUCGCUUCAUGAUGAAGAAACCAGGAUGAGCGCUGGCUGCACGGGCCUCUUGGCUCAAGCACCUCUUUGUCUUUCUACACGAUGCUUUUAUUUGACUAUUAUCAUGUUUGUUAUUUCCAGGUUGCACUUCUAUAUGUGUGUAGUCGGAUCUGCUUCACGCCUUCUGUUUGACGAAAAGAAGAACCCUUACCACCUGAUGCUGCAACAGUUUGAUAAGUCUGGAGCACACGGCAGUCUUUUCUCGUAAGUAGGAGCUUUCCCGUCCGACCCGACCUAACUAGCAUGGUAAAUUUUAUCAUAUAAUUGCAGCUUUUUCUCCGCCUUCCUUUCUUUCUGACUUUUUUUUCCAUCUUGCAUCUCGCGCUGGGCCAUGUUUCUUUCUCGUGUCAUCGCGUACAGCCCUCGUAGGGGGCGGUUCUAUCUACACUGUAUGAUGCUUUUCAAUAACAGCGCGCGCUGGUUCAUAUAAUGAAACACACUUCUGAUGCUUGCUUUGUUUCACUGGUUGGUUAUAGGUUACUGAAGCUAAUACUUAAGGAGAGUAGCAAUGCCCCUCCCAGUGAAAGUAAUACUGAAACUCUUCAAGGUGAGGGUACUCUCCAGUGGAUAUUUUUUUGUGGCUGAAAGUAAUUGCAUCAUUUCAGAGGCUCGUCAUAGACAUCAAUUUUAACGCCAUACUGUAGUAACGUUAUGGUUAACCCUGAGAGUGACCAGCAUCUAAUUUGUCCUACAGUAAUAUGGCUGAAACAUUUAUUAAGAUCACGAGAAUGAAGGAAAUGAUCACUACCAUGAGAAUCUUUGAUUGUUAAACAAAUUCUCCUUGUCACUACUGAAGGAAACAUAUCGAGAAGAGUAUGGAGAAUAUCGAUGCUGAUGUUAGAGUGUAAAGGAUUAAAUGAGGCGUAACGUGCGAGCAGGCCCUAAGUAUUAGCGCUUUGGCAUUAGCAUUUCUUUGCCCGCGAGGAGAGGUCUGGGACCCAUGGUAAACCUCUCCAUGACUCGUCUCCAAUCUUCCCAUGGGCGGAAAAAAGCGCGUCCUGCAGCGUUAAUAAUGAGGGUCUGAUCGUUGGUUAGAUAAGUUGUGGUGCAUCUAACCUCUUAAUUGGAGAUUUUAAGUUCGACAACUGUCGCAUGCAGUCAGUUUCUCUGAUCUGUUUCAACGAUCUUUGAACUUUCUUGUUCAGUGUUAACAGCCCCCCCUCCCCCUUGCCUUUCCCAAAGACGUGAUUGGAUACUUUGUGGAAUAUUGCUUAGUGGUUGACGAUUUCAAUCAAUAUGAAUUUUUGUUAUUUUCAGCCGGUGCUCAGGAGCUGCUGGACUCAUGGUUGACCCUAGUCAGUAGACUUGCGAAUUCGGAAACCUUGUUGGAUUCCCCGCACAGCCUUCCUGCUACGUCCACUGCGCUAGUUUUUGUGCCUUUCGAACCUAUAAGAUUUCUUGUCAAAACUCAAAAGGUGAGGUUUCAAGGACGGGCACCUUGGCGAACGUAAAGGAGAAGAAGAAAAAGAAAUCAUCUUCGGGGAUGCAGAGGCAAAUUAUCUGGCAAGGGGGAAACAAAACGGUGAUCUCGGCCGAAUGGAAAAUUAACAAGCUAUCUUGCCUAAUUGGUUGUCUCUGAGUCUCUGAGGAUGAUUGGAAAUGGGAGUUAUCUGAAAGUAAAAUUAAGUCGGAUGACCGAGUUAUAUGGUCUACAUGCGCUGUUAAGUUUGCAUCUCUUCGCAAAAGGCCGUUUGCUAAGACUUACAUAUACUAUUCACAAGUUCACUGUCAGGUACAUAUUGUCUUUACAGAAAGCCUUCUUAGCCGUGCAACAACUAUGGGGACAGAAAUUUCCCAUCGAGUAUGGUCCACACAUGGCAGAGUCCUUGUUAGCCAUUUUGUACCACAUCAUCAAAGGGGAAGCUGUCAUUAAAGAGAAGCUUGGGCCUGCGCUCGAAACCUCCUCAGCUUCCAGUAGUGCUGCUGCUUCUUCUGCAACGACACGACAGCCUGCUGAACCAGCUCGGCCUCAGCCGGAGAUAAACGUACGACAUUUACAGCAGGUGUGCUCGCAUUCACUUUCUUGGUUUUCUGAGACUUGGUUUUUAACUCUUUUCCUAAAAUGUGAGACGGAAAAAAGCGUGUAAAGCCGUUUUUCAAGUUUGUAUUGGGUACGAACUCACAACCCCUUAGUGACAAUACUCCUCUUCCCCCCCUUGCAUCUUUCAGUGUUUAACAAUCACACACAACAAAGUCAUCAUUAGUCAGUGGGGGGAUGGUCACCUUGUCAGCGGUUUCAUGAGGCUUGUUUUUACGUGGUUGACUAUAAGGAAACCUUUGUUGAUAAUGGAUCUAAUGCUUGAAUAUCUACUGACAGGCUCAAUGUUCCUACUUAAUAAGUUGAAAGUUUUUUUUUUCCAAAAGUCUCUUGCAGUUUUAUCGUGGACUAAUAACAAGCGCUUAUUUUUUUAGUUCAUAGACAUGGGGUUCACGCAUGAGCAUGCCAGACUUGCGCUGAUGAGUACAGGCAGCCUUGAGGAGGCUACCGAUUACAUCUUAACACACCCACCACCUCCUCCAGCAAGGGUACGUAUCAAAAGCUGUCUUAUCGAUUUUUCAAGUGACCCGGCACUACUGUAUGGAGUCUGAGCACAUGUUGGCUGAAUGAUGUAGAACAAAAUCCAAAGUUAUCUCAACGGCCAAUCAUAGCAAAGGAAAAUAUCAGAAGAACCAAUGAGAACUAAAGUUUAGAGACAAAAACCAAAAAUGGCGCCAAAAUGUAAGUGACCAAGUCGCGAUAGGUUACUGGUUUUUUCCCUUCUGAUUGGCCAAUCAGAGCAAAGGGAAAUAUCACAGGAGCCAAUGAGAACUCAAAGUUUACAGAGGAAAACCAAAAAUGGCGCCAAAAUGUGAGUGACCAAGUCACGACUGGUUUUACUUCUGAUUGGUUGAGUUUACGGCGCGAGAUUUUAGACCAAUCAACGAACGUAGAAAAGGAUAAGCAAUGUAGUCACAGGUUUCUUUUGACACUCAGCUGAAAAUUACACAUGGUCGUUUUGAGUCAUGUUUUGUGCUGGGCAAAACUUAUCUUAACUUAAAGGAGCCAAAAGAGUAUUGGCUCAGCAGGUUUUUCUUUAUUUGAAGUGAGUUAAGUAAAAAUUGUAGUCUGCGUAGGUUGUUUUUUUUUCGCUACGCCCAGUCCACACUACCACGACCUCGGGCAAAUAUUCCCAAUGUUGGCCCAAGGUUGGGUUUUGUACGUACCUCUCUACGCCAAUAUUUCUAAUGUUGGCCCAAAGUUGGUUUUUGGACGGACCUCGCUACGCCCGGUCCGCUCUGCUACGACCACGGGCCAAUAUUCUCCAUUACGUUCGGUUAGUAAGAAGUUAGUAUUCAAUCUAAAAGAAAUGAAUGUGGAAAUUCCCGGUCAAGAUCAAAAAUGUUAAAAGAUGGAGAAAAUGAAACGAAUUGCGAAAGACUAACUUGAAAAUUGAAAGUUUAAAUUUCUAGAUUUGUAAUAGAUGUGACGCAAUCCCCGUAAAGAACUAAGUAUAAUUUGUCUAUCCACAGGAACUUGGUUUGGACUAUGACAUGUUGGAGGAGGAUCAAAUGAUGAGAGCGAUAGCCAUGUCUCUGGGACAGGACAUAACUAAUGCCACCGCCUCUGCUGAAGAUCAGGUAUGCUAACAGGAUACGUGAAGUGACCAACAGCGUUGUGGCUAAGGAAAUAGUAGGUUAAGAUUAGAACUCAAAUAGCUCAAAGGGGGAUAUGAUUAAAAAAUUGCUUUCCCUACUUUUCGCAAUCCCUUCACACCGAGGCUAUCCAACUUGACAUUUACAAGAUGCAUAGAUAGACGACACGGCAAACGCUAGCUCAAAACGAAAUUUUAUUUCAAAUCCUUCGCCUAUUAUAGUUGCGUCAAUACACUACGUAGUCAGGAGUUAAAAGAUGUGUUUCGAUUUCAAAGGAUUGUGCGUGCGACACUAAAACCGCCCUUUGCCCUUUACAAAGAUCAUCUCUUUCUCAAACGGCGAACUCCGGCUGUAGCCGUUGCUGAACUAAAGGACUUGACCAAAUAAAGAAUUUAUUCUUACAUGGAGCAAGCGUCAGUGCUUCAAGCACUCAAGUGGCAGCUCUCCGUCUCCCUUCCAACGAAGGUUUUAAGCUGAAACAUUUGCGUGUCUCAGUGGCUUAUCAGAGUAGCACAAUAGUUUUGCUACUUAAGCGUACGUUUCGCUUCUCUCAGUUGUAGCAUUGUCGGUAUCUGCAGCUCCAUGCUUUAUUGUGGAGUUGUUCGUAAAAUCAAUGCAAAAGUUAUAGACCAGUUAUUUUGCAUCGUUGGAUGGCUUGUGAUUUCACUCUGCAAGUUUAUCCUGGACUAAGCUGGCACAUUAUCUUCACUGGAAGAUAUUCUUCUGAAUUGUUGUCUUGUCUUCCAAACAAUAUUGAUUCUGCAAGAAUAAUUUUAUGUGCGUCUUUAGCUGGUGGUGAUUAAAAAUGGAAAGUCAUCAGAGAAGACUUAAUCGUACAGCUACCGAAUCUCUUAUCCUAGUUUUGUGGGGGGAGGGGGAGAUUGGGUGAAAGGGGGGGGGUUUGGGUUGAUCACAGCACAAAGAUCCCGGCCAGGGCUCAAACUCAUCCCUUUACACCUACAGCGCGCUAAUCCUCCGGUUUAUUCUUCGUCGCCACUGGACAGUUUUGACCAUUUCCCAUUUUUAUUCCAGUCUGCUAGUGGUGAACCUGCUGCUACUACUGCCCCAUCCACCGCAGCUGCUGCUGAUGCUACCUCCUCUAAGCCAGAGAAGACAGAAGAAACCAAAAAGGUUAAGGAAGAAGACAAAGAGAAAGGAGAUAAUGACGGUGCUGUUCCUCUAGAUAAGACAGUGCUCGAUCAAUUCACUGCUGAUAUGCUGCAAGGGUGUUUGGAGGUGUUGACAGGAAUGCCUGGAACUGUGUACAAAGCGUGUGAUGUUCUGUCUGCUGUGGCUCAACGGAAUGGCAAAGAGUGGAAAGAGAGGACCAUGAUGCACAUUUUAAAGCAGGUAUUUGAACAGUACUUCAAUGGAGCACUGUAAUAAUGUCACAUAGUGUGGACGUAUUUUUCUCUUAAAAUUAAAAACACCUCCCGGCACGAAGUUGUGCUUGAAAUGAAGCCCAAGUGAAUUUUGCUAUGAGCUCAACUUCUCCCUGUGUUUCACAAGGAAAUACAAGGUGAUGGGGAAGGAGAACGAAGCAGUUUAUCAGAAUUUACUGAGCGUGUUCCCUCUAGCGUAUACUUUUUUUGGUUGGCAAGUUAAUGUUUCUAUAUUUUCAUCUGUACGCAUUGGAUUCUGUAGCCCUGAGCUUUGGUUAUUUCGUCUGAGGGUUUCUAACUUAAGUACAUGUAUUAUAUUCACUUCAGCUCACAACAGACAUUGAAACUGUGUUAAAAUCCUGUGCUAACCAAGGAGCUGAUAGCAAACCGCUUGAGGAACGUAUGUCCAAGAUGAGCAACAUGUCCGAAUCAGCUCGUUUGUCGUCUCUUCUGCAUCUCUUGUGCCUGCUCUUUGAGGUGAGUAUUGAUAUAAAUUUGAAAAGGGUUCUGUCUGGUCUCCAAGCGUUCAAUUAUUAGCCACUGAUACCAUAAAGCGGAUCAUUUCCUGUUGCUUAGCAACUGCGUAUCCACCCUUCCCCUGACCCAACAAUAGUCUACUGAUAACAAGUUAGGGUUAAUGUUUGGGUUAAGGGAGGAGUUGGAGCAUAGUUGAAUGCUCAGAUACUGACAUUGGUCCCAUUAAGCUUAACACAUCACCACAGGUUUAAUUACUCGUAUAUCAUGAAACGAAAGUGUUCUGUCGCGUCUGUUUUCAGGAAAGGAAAUUUCGUUGCGAAGCCAUCGUUGAGACGCAUGGGAUUGUGAAUCCAUUACUUGAGCUACUUGAAUUAUGUCAGACUAAUUUGGUACAAAUCAAGUUGACUGGAAGUACUCCAACAACACCAAUGUGAGUAUUUUUCAAGCGGCUUCCAGUUAUAGUUGGAAGCAUAUAGGAUUCUUGCCAUAUGGGCUGAUUGUGUAGCUCCUAAAUAGCGCUACUUCCGAAAAUUUGAGGUCUCUUCGGCAACAUCAUUAAGUUUUCUCUAACGUAGUGUACGAUAGACAGGUAUCGAAAAAGUUAGAAUAACCCACGAAGAACAGCGAAGGUAUACUGAUGAAAAAGAACGGCUAGGAUUUUAAAUGACGGACUUCAAUUUUUGAGAUAGAUUUUAGCCUUAAACCCCUUUAACUCCCCGAAGUGAUACACGUGUAACUUCUCACGAUGAUAUCCCUACUUUAUGCAACAAAAGGGCGAUGAAAAUACUCAAACUUAUCAGGUAGAGGAUGUUACCUUGAUCCAUCACCUAAUUCUCGUGACUAAUUUAUAGGGAAAUUUGUAGCAGCUUCAGGGGAGAAUUAACAAACAGAUUAUUGGAGCUAAAAGGUUAACUCGUAAAAGUUGUGACGAAGCCUUAUCACAACAGGGCGUGAAAUUGCGCCUAAUACAGGCGCCAAUGCGACUAAAUUUUUCACUUUGGCGACCAAAUCCUGAAAGUUAGUCGCCAAAUUGGCGACUACAACGUUUCAUCAUAACCUUACCAAGAGAUAUAGUGAAUUAAAUAAAUUUGCAAAGAUAAAUCCGCGGAAAACUUCCUCGUUAAGUUUGUUUCCAAAACGUAGCAGAUGCAUCUCGAUCGAUAUCCAGACGCCAUCUUGGAUUUAGAUGAGCCUGAACGUUGUAUAUCAUACAUCCUAGUGUCCACUUUGUAGCACGUUAAAGAUCUUUUCCCUAACUUAAUUUUGGAGGGUCUAUCUAAAAUGACAGCGUAAAGAAGAUUUUGUUUGUCUUUGAAAAUGGCGACCAACUUUUUUUGAAUUGGCUACCACUUUGAAGAAUUUAGGAGCCAAGUGGCUAUCAGAAAAAAAAGUUAAUUUCACGCCCUGCACAAGUAAAACUGUGUGUAUUGUGGGGUAAUUUAGUGUCAUCGACUGAGUUGAUAGCGUAAACUGGCCACCGUAAAGAGUUUCAAAGCUGACGUUUCGAGUGUUAGCCCUUCUUCAGAGAGAAUGAUAAAGGGCUAACGCUCGAAAGUCAGCUUUUAAACUCUUUAUAAUGGCCUAGUUACGUUCUCAAGUCAGUUGGUAAUACUAAAUUACCCUGUUAUACUUUCCCACCGUCGCAGCACCACAGUUUGUCUAGAAACUUACCCCCUUUAUUCAUGUGUGUAUUGUGGUUAGUUUUGUAGCAUGUAGUUCUUAAAGGUAAUGUUUAUAACACAUCCCACAUUAUUUUUUUUGUUCUUAUCCAGGUGGUUAACUCCACUGCUGCUUCUGUUGGACACCCAUGAAAAAAUGGCCGUCACCACCAAGAGGAAACAACUUCAUGAUAAGGUAGAAAUACUAGUACUUCUUAAUGGUGAUCUACUGUAAUUAAUAGCGUUAAUUUCUCUGUGUUGUGAUAAUGGUUUUCUUGAUAAAAAGAACGAAUUUUAGUAAUUGGGCUUCUUUUUUUCUAACUUUCCCAUUUUUUUUAAUUUUCAAAGUGUACUACGCAUGCCUGGAAAUGGUUCGAUGACCGUAGUGGUCGCUGGUACAACUACAACGUUAACAACAACACAACCAUCGAUGCAGCCUACAGAAAUGGCGAUUCGCGGGUCAGGUAAGCGCUGAUCAAGCACCAAAUUCUUUGAAACUUUCUCCAGCAAGAUACCUUUGAAUCCAUUUAGAGAAUUGAAAGUUUGAAUUCUAGAGUUGAAGAAUGAAUACUUUGUAGUGUUCUUCGUAAUUUUAGGUACGAAUUAAGUCAGAUUCUUUGGUUUUCCAGGUUCAUGGCUGGAAGACGGCGUUAUUUGGUGAACUUUUGCACAAUGGUUCAGGUUAGAAAUUAUUUCUUUGAUUGUGAGCUUGAUUGAUUUUACCAAGGGAUACGCCUGGCUAGAAAAUUAUUUCCCGUUUCGUUAGUAGUUUUCUAUGUGAUACGUCAACCAUUGCAUCCAGUAUUCCCCUUUCGCUGUCCAAGCCCCUAGGAAUGAUUUUAAUAUAAUAUAAAUGAAUUUUUUUUGGAACUUAAAAAGGUUGCUAGCCGAGUAUUUUUAACACGUUUCCAAUUUUGGAAAUCAGAAGGAAAAAGUGCCUCUUGUAACCGAGUCUUAGUCUUGAAUAUGUUACGAGUGCAUCUUUCACAGCGUAGCCCGUUGUACCAAUCAGUUGUUAGAGAUCUGCGCAAAAUGGUAUCCUGACGCUGCGUGAACUCUUUGACUCAAGGAGCGAUUAUGAAGGGAUUGAGACACGUGAGUGGUCGGGGUAAAUGCAACACCACACACCAGGCCAACAGCAAUGAAAUGUGAACAAAUUAAGGCUGUCAAUAACUUAAGUUUAACACUUUGACUGGAAAAUUUGAUGGCUUGCCAUCCAAACCAUAGUCUCUGGUACUAAGAGAUUCCUUUUUUCCCUUAAGUUAAAGUUUGAUUUUUGGUGGAGAUAUGGCAUUGUUUUUGUGACUAAAAUGAGAAAAUUGUUUAUCCAAAGGUUAAUGAAGACUCCGGUAACAGACGUCCAAUAAUGCUGGAAGCAGUCACCAAUCCAGGUAAUGGUGGUUCAGGGAGCGGCAGAGGUGAAGUGGAGAGCUCUUCAAGCAGCAGCAUUGCUGAUGGUGCUAAGGGAAUUACUGAAGCUCCUCCGACCAGCUCACAGGAAAAGGGAAGCAAGAAAGCGAAGAAAGACAAACAAGAAAAGAGUAGUUCAGGUAAGAAACUGGUGCAGUUUCUCUUUACUACGCCUUGUGAUUGUUUAAGUGAACGCGCGCCACUGUCUUAAACAAUUAUGAUACAAGAUGAAAACCAAUCGCGUCUUGGUGACAUGCGUUUUUCCGCGCUCGACGUAGUUUGCUUGUUUUUAGUUCGGGAGGUUAAGCGUGAGCAUUUCUUGACUGGUAUCGGACUGCAGCCUGAAGCUAAGCCUUCGUUUCCACGGUGUUCAAUACAGUAGCGUUUAGCGAAUGAUGCGAAAACAACGACUUGUCAAAUUAUUUGUUGAUGUCAAAGCUCGUCAGAAGCAUUGCGUUGCCCUUCCGAUAAGCACUAUCAACAGCCGCUUUUCGGGUAGUCGGAUCACGCUUUUUCUCAGGGGGAUCAAAGACUGGACCCGAGUUAACUGGUGGAAAUCAGGCCUAUCCUUCCAAUGGCUAUCGGCAUGUUAAGGUUAACAAAGUCUCUGCUCGAGUUCUCUUCGGAUUUUUUUAUAGCUACUUCGGUUAUUUAUUUAUUUUUUGUCCUGAGUGGCUGUUGGGAUUACUUUGGCCUUCGUUGAACGUGAUGUCUUAGAAAUGCUCCCCAUGGUGAUGUAGCGAGUAAGCUGGCAUUUGCCUUUUGAUGAUCUUUUUUUCAGAUAAGGUUAAACCUGACAAGACUGAGGAAAUUUUUAUGAAACAUUUAAAUGAUGACCAAAAAGCUCUUAUAAUAAGGUAUGUUUAAGAUUAAUAAUCUGAGCCAGGUUUUGAUAGAUCUAAAUCAACAGUUCUUUCGUCGUUUUGAAAUGAGCUAGUUGUGACGUAACAAAUUGCUCUUCUGGAAGAUUAAAACCGGCGAGGAAACACGAGAGAAGCGUGUUCUCCUCGCUUGUCCUCGAGGUCUCCUCGGAAACUGCACUUAAGUGUAUUAUUGUACAGUCUACCCAACCUAACUGAGAUUCCAGACUCUUUUUUUAAGCUUUACUCGCCUAUAUUUAGAGAAUCUUUAUCCAUUUAAGGUGCUGUACAUGGUUAAUUGGUAUUCCUGUGUCACCAAACACCCUACACGCAGUUCUCAAACUGUGCCUCAGGCUCACUCAAGAGCACAAAUACGCGGUGCAGUUCGUUGAACAAGGAGGAGCAAGAGCCCUUCUUUUACUAACACAGGACUCACAAGUAACCGGAUUUGGUACGCUGGCAACUCUUCUCCUUCGACACGUAUUGGAAGACGAAGAAAACUUGAAACAUGCCAUGGAAAAAGUUGUGCGGUCCUCGGCCUCGAGCAGUGUCAGUAGUCCUGUCACUGGCGUAAGCCAAAGCUCACCAGGAGCGAAGGAAAUUAAUUAUGUUUUACGAGUUUUAGGACCUGCCGCUUGUCGCAAUGCUGGACUUUUCAAAGAGGUAGCCACAAACUCGCUCCGCUUAGCUAUAACACCGCAAUUACGCCGGACGAUGAUCGAAGCCGGUGACACGAACUUACCCGCGAAUUACGCGCAGAUUGUCAAAGCUGCCGUCGUUGCGAAGCCUUCAAAGCCGCCUCCAGUGGCAAAGCAGGUUCACUGCGUUGUCUACGACUUGUUGAAUGUGUUAUGUGCGUCGGACAACACAACCAGGACAAUGGAUAGGGGAAUACUCAUGGCGCGCUCUGACAGCCAAGUGCUCGGAGAGCUCGGGCGUGCGUUAGGGCAGGUUGGCGACCUGAUCGCUGGCGUGAGUGGCCAGAGUUCUCAGCAGAAUCUGGCGGCUAGGCAGCUUCCAGCGUACACCAGACAGCUGACUGGAGAGGAUGUUGAAGUCGAAGAAAUGGCUCUUGGUAAGUAAAUUUCCUUGAUUUGAUUCAUGGACUUGAUUUGAUCAAAAUAUGUCUUUCUUUCUGGAUACAUUGCUCAGCGGUAAGGCGAAGAGGAUAUAAAAAGCAACCAAUGUGAGAUUUUGUUUUGAAUUAUUGCGAAAAAUUCUCAGGACAAACUUAUAACGGACUGUAAGAUGGGCAGGUCAGCGAAGUGGCUUAUUGAAAUUUGUGCGACAAACCUUACAAAGUAAGUCUAAGUGACAAAUUUGCGAAGCAGAUAUCAGGCGUGCCAACACAAAUAGUUGAAGCAAAUGAAAUGUCUUGUCGAAAAAUACAACACACCGGACUUUUUGAUCCGAAUUCUAACGCGCUAACUAUUGCAUCAUCGCUUUUCCUAAACUAUCCGUGGUCUAAGUCAAGUCUUUUUGGUUUCAAACGCAGACUCCUCGCAGAACAGCAGUCAAGGUGGUUUACUGUUGAAAGUUGACGAAAAGAAAGAAGAAAACGCCAAAGAAGAAAAUAAGGAUUCUAGUAAAGAUGUACAGACUACGUCCAAGCCUCUGUUAUCAAAGUCAUCCAUUUUAAAGCUGUUAGCGGAGCUGGUCAAGUCUUACUCAGGAGUAGCACAGCUUAUCACAGACUAUAGUCAUAAUGCUAAGCUUUCUUCAGCAUCGGAGGUGAGUCAUAUUGUACAGUCAAGUCAUGACCUACGUACAGACUGAAUUACUGACUGACGGAUUAACUGACUGACUGACGUAUUGACUGACUGACCGACCGAUUGACUGACGGCUUGACUGACCGACCGACUGACUGACGGAUUGACUAGCUAAUUGGCUGGCUGACGGAUGGACUGAUUUACUGACUAACUCAUUGACUGGCUGACGGAUUGACUGACAGACUGACUGACUGACUGAUUGACCUGCUGACGAGUUGACUGAAUGACUGACUGACAGAUUGACUGACCAACUGAGUGGCUGACUAACAGAUUCACUGACUUACUGACUAAGUGACCACCUGACUGAUUGACUGACGAACUAACUUACUAAUAAAUGAUUAAAGGGGGUAAGUUUCCUAAGAAACUGUGGUGCUGCGUCGGUGGGAGAGUAAAGCAGGUAAUUUAGUGUUAAGAACUGAGUUGAAAACGUAAGUUGACCACCGUAUAAAGAGUUUAAAGGCUGACGUUUCGAGCGUUAGCCCUUCGUCAAUCGCUCUAACGUCAGCAUUUUAGCUAUUUACGGUGGUCAAUUUACGUUUUCAGCUCAGUUGUUAACACUAAACUACCUAACCUACAGACAGAUCGACUAACCGACGGAUAGACUUAAUGAAAGACUGACUUACUAACAUUUAUGACUCAUUGACUGUUUUUCUUAUUUCCAAAGUAUGAAGGACCAGUGCUAGCCUUCGUUCUGGACCACCUUCUCCCAGCUGGAACAUCAAGUGAUGGCGAAGACACACCAUCGUGCGCUCGCACUCUUCUCGCGACCAUUGCUACCUGCCACCAGGCACCCGAAGCACAGCAGACCCUCAUAGCAGAGAUGAAGGCUUCUCUUGGUCGGGCUUUAAACGUUCCAGAGUCUACAACAAAACACUCCAGACUUCAAGCGAUCUUCACAUUAGUGCAAACCAUGAUCGAGAACGGCCCUCACUCAGCUGCUCAGCACGCAGCGUCGCAGCAGCCCAACAAUGUUAUGAAAUUGCUGCUGAAGAAAGGACUAGUGAAUGAUUUAGCUCGAGUUCCUCACAGCUUAGACCUGGCCAGCCCGAAUUUUGUGACCACAGUCAACUGCUUGCUGAAGCCUAUGGAGAAGUUAUCUGGUGUGGUGAAUCAGCAGAGUACAGGGGCAACACCAUCCGUGGCUCCUAAAGACAGAGUUACUGCUGGCGAUCAACAGACAAGAAGUAGAGAAGGGACAACAACGGAGUCAGAUUCACGACAGGAAUCUUUAAUUGGUAAGUUGUUGUGUCUUUUAAUUUCAGGCCUGUGCUGCAAUAAACUGUAGUUAUGCUUAGAGCGCUUUUCGAUCGAUCACCAUGAGUGACUAAGACAGAAUUUCUCCUUACAGUGUCAUUAUGCUAUCAACUAGAUAAGUGAUGAGAAUAAAGAAAAGUAUCAAUUUGGGGAUAAUUAGUCGAUCCAAUACUAAAUUCUCUGAACCAAUACCAUGAAAAUUGUAUGGUGGAAAGUAAAGAAAAUUACAAAUUUGAUCUGAGAGGUUAAAGGAUUAAAGCACAGGAAGAUGAAGAGUAGGAGGUCUCGAUGGGUUUUAAUUUUAGCGUCUGAUUGGUCGAAUCAAUAGCACGAGUUUUGACCAAACACAACCCCUGAAUUUUAUUUUUCUUCCUUUUUUUUCUUUUGAUUAAAUUGACCUGACACUGUGUUUAGGUCAAUCAACCGGAGGAGCCACUGAACAAGAAGCACAGGAUACUCAACAAUCGACGGACGCCACACCUGGGCAAGGUAAAACAAAUUGAUUAGAAUGUCACCGGCAAAAGGUCUACCCCAGCUCUUCAAAAUUUCUAAACUUUACUAUUAGUGUGUAAAUUUGACGUGAAAUAAUAAAUGCUGUGACUGACUUUCAGUUGAAAAUUGCUGUAACUGGCCGUUGUGAUUACUGUAAGGUUUUCAAUCAGUUUUUGUGUCUAGGGCCAGGCCGUGGCCGUAGGCACUAUGCUAUCGUCGUUCGUGUAAACAAUAGAAAUUAGCGAUCUAUCCAAUCAGAACGAAGAAAUCUCGCAAAACCGAUGCAGCGAACUGGUUAAAACCGGUUCGACGACUUUGGACAUUGUAGUAAGUAGCUUGGUUAGUGUGGGACGGAUUUCUUUUUUUUUAUAAGCGGCUUCCGAUGGCGGCUGUGCCUUAACCUUUACCUCCCACGCGUGAUUAAGAGAGAAUUUCUCCUUACAAUAUCAAUACAAUAUCAAGCAUAGAAGUGAUGAGAAUAAAGUAAAAUAUCAGUUAGGGGAUUAUUAGUUGAUCCAAUACCAAAUUCUCCAAAUUAACAUCAUAAGAAUUGUAUGUCAGGCAGUAAGGAGAAUUACUAAUGAGAUCGUGGGGGUUAAAGGGUUAAAAAGAAAUCCAAACACAAGAACCUGCUUGUCUGCUGAACAGACAGCAGUGAGAGGUGUUAUACCUGCUAGUAGACCACCAGUAACUGGCUUCUUUUGAAAACCCUGUCACUGUGGUGUUGGUUUAUUUCAUUCAUUCGCAAAUCGCACGACGCAAUUCGCAGUUGAACACUAGGUUUGGUCUGUAACCAGAAUCAAAUCUGGUAUACGUGAAUUAUUUUCCAGCUGCCGUGAGUGAAGGUUCCUUAGGAUCUGAUCCUCCACCUGUCAGUACAACGCCAAGUGCCAAUUCUUGGGGACUUCCUGAAAUCUCCAGCAGGUCAAUUAUUCCCAUGGCUUCAGAAGAGGAACUUGAAGAACUGCAGGAUAUGGUGGACGAAUUACUGCACUCAGAUAGUAACGAAGGGCAGACAGGGCAAGGUAGGGUUUUCGUAUGGAAAGCCCGUUUGCUUUCGUUCCACCCUGUAGUUUUACCACUCAAAGCCACAUUUUGAGUUCUAAAUCUUUGUUAGUAGAUCUUGGCCAAGCAUGGAGGUGGUCCCACGCUACAAAAGGGGGGGGGGGGAGAGGGUGUAUUCCCCCUUGUCAGAGCAUACCUUGUUGUCAAAACCAAAUGUUUCUUUUUUUCCCCCCCUCCCUUGCUUCAAACUAUGAUAACCCCUCUGCCCUUUGGUUUUCUUUUAAUGGGUAUUCUACUUUCAAGACUUGCUUUCUUCAAAAAAACAAGAAUCUUCGUACUAGAAGGCAUAAAACUAUACCCCAAGAUAAUGACUAAAAGAUAAACAAUGUAACGCAGAAUAAAAAAAAAAACUAGGUCUCAACGUUACAGAGCAGUCUCUUACCUUGCUAAGGACUGCAAAUUACAAACUGUAAUCCUUAGACUCUGUAAGCCUGUUCUUCUUGUGUGCCGACAUAACAUUAAUAUUUCCAAAAUUGUAAUCAUCUUUAAUUACAUUGCACAGAUAUGGACAGCGGCAUUAUUGCCGAGCAUGUGAUGACCCGUCGUAUGGCUGACGGCCGCGUGGUGGCGGAAACCACCUAUGUGAUCGACCCCAACACUAGUGACAGCGAUGAUGAUGACGACCACAGCUCUUCCAAUGGCGAGGACAGCGGUGGGGAAGGGGUGGCGGACGACACGGACGAAGAAGAAGGAGAGGAAGAUGGCGAACGAGGAGAUGAUGAUGAAACUAUGGUGAUCACGUUUGAAGAACCGGCUGGUAAUAACGAUGAUGAUGAUCACGAUGAUGAUGACGACGAAGACGAUGACGACGACGACGAUGAUGAUGACGACGAUGAUGAUGACGAGGAAGAAAUCAACAUAGGGAACAACACAGGAGGUUUGUUGAUUUAAGUAAAUUUUUUCUUUAAAUUACACACAACAGUGUUCCCAACUCGCGCGUUCUUUUCCUCGAUUCUGAUCAUGAAGGUGUGACUCGACUUCGCCAAAUGAAGUAAUACGGGAUUGCUUUGGUUUUACUUACCUUCGCUUUCUGAUUGGUCCCGAAAACUCGCGCCAUCCUCUCAACCAAUCAGAUGCAAAUAUAAAAAUAAACGCGACUUGGUCAUUCGCGUUGUCCCUCGCUUCAUGCAGUUGGCUUGUUUCACUUUGAGUUCUCAUUGGCUGAUGAUAAUCUAACCUCUUCCAGAUUCGUCGCUGAAAUUACUUUGGUUUUGGUUUUCCGAUACUGUAUUGGUUUUGUGUAACCUUAAUAAAAAAGGAAUUAGCUGGAAUUGAAAAUUUCGCAAUAAAGCGGUAGAGAUAGGCAACCACAAAGGUCAAAAAAUUGCAUAGAAGGACUCACAGAUGGACGAGGAAACGGGCUGGCAAAUAUCUCUAACUUUUUUGCCACCUGAACGAACUUUUUUUCCUUUGAACGUCAUGGAACCUAUAGGAAAAGUCUUUCUGCCUCAGUCUCAUCACCGUUUUUAAGGCACGAGAGGAUGAACAGUAAACAGUUCAAAGAAACCUCCCCACACUGUCUUUUGAGACCAAUCAAUUUGUGUCUCAGUUUCGCCAUGAUAAAAAACUGAAUAUCUGUUUCUAGACUCGUCUAGAACCCUUUCCGAUUGAGUGUCGUCGGACUAAAACUAAAUUAAGCACAACGGCAGAUCACAACAAAAGUCAUACAAAAUGAAAGUGCAGUAAAGUCAUCACUACUCAUUUGAAAAUGGUUGUAAUCUUCAGGUGUUAUUGGUGCGAGAGAGGGUGGAGUGAUAGAGGAGUCUAGUGGGGUUGAUGUGAUGGAGGAAGAGGGAGAGGAAGACGAUGAUGACCAUGAUGAGGAUGAGGACGAGGGUGGCAGCGACAUGGAUGAAGAUGGCGCUGACAUGAUAGGAGACGACUCUUUCAGAAUAUACGAGGAGGAUGCAGUUUACCUUCCCUUUGAUGAAGGCUCAGGUUUGUGAUAAUCCAGAUACCAGCAUCUGACUUUUUUGUCAUGAAUCUGUCAGUCAAUUAGUUUAUAUUGAGCGAAGUAUUUUAGAAUGAAUUCUAGGAAAAACACCAGUUUUCUCUUCGUGUUGUUUAGGUCGUCAUCUGGAGUUUGUGAGUGGUCCUCAUGGCAACAGGUUUACAGGCACGUUCAUGAUGACUAUGUCCCAGGAUGAUGAACCCGAGACGAUAUCCAGCAUGGCACAGCGACUGUCCCGUGUACACGGUCUCCGCAUGACCCCCAGGCACCACACACAGCAGUCACAGUCGGUCCAUUCAUUGCACCCCCAAGGCGUGACUCAACCUCCUCUGCCCGCCGUGAUCCAGAAUCUCCUCGGGCCGGAGACUUCCGAUGGGCUGCAGUUUAACACCAGUUAGUCUUGAGUCAUAGUAGUUCCCUUUCAUCUUUGUUUUCCUUUGAGUUUUAGUCACAAGAGAAAACUUUUACUCCAAUGAAAAAAGGAGAUAUAUUUACUGUGGCUAAUGGCUGAUAUAACGCACGCUGUGAUUGGCUGAGAGAAAGAGCAAAACAAGGAGCUACGCUCAUACAUUGUCAUCUGUAAUCUAUUUUUUUAACCCUUUGCACCCUAACAUCAAUAUGCAUAUUCUCCAUACUGUUCUUUAUACAUUUCCUAAGGUGCUGACAUGGAGAAUUUGUUUGCCAAUCAAAAUGUUCCUUCCCUGGUGACCAUUUCCUUCAUUCUUAUAUCCUUAACGUGGGAUUCAGGAGUGAUAUUGUAGGAAGAAAUUAGAUACUAGUCAUUCUGUGGGCGUAAAGGGUUAGGUAGAUUUUAUUCUAUAAACUGUUGUGUUUUACAAGGAUUAUCAACCCUGAAAAAAAAAGCCGUGACUACACACGCGUAAAAUUACGAUAAUUUUUCGUGUGUGUUUGAUAUUGCCAAUCAGCUGCUGACACGUCACUCGCUUUCGCGCCACUCUGUAAGGUUGAUAAAUAAAGGGCAGAGUUAGCCAUUCUCAAUCUAAGUUCGUUUGUCGAAAUGUUCUCGGAUUAUGGCUGCUAACAUCACUGAAGAUUCGUAUCGCUUACAGACAGUGACGUUCACUUGAGUCUCAAGGAAAGACAGUUUAAAAGAAUUAUUUUCCUUACAGGUGCAAGUCACAGAGGCAGGCAUUUGGUUCAAGAUGAGAUUCAAGUUAUAGCAAGAAGCACUGAAGAUGGUGGACCAGAUGAGAUCUUCUUUGAAAACUUCAAUGAAGGUGCUCCGUCUUCUGUGCCAUCUGCUCUAAGUCGUUGGGCUGAAGAAGGCCAGAUUUUGGAUACACAAGGCGUUCAUUACUGCGUGGCUGCGGUGAAGCCUGAAAUCUUGCCCGUUCUGUUGAAACAUCAAGCUGAAGAGAUCGCCAAAGGUAGGGAGGAAGAGCAGAAGAAGAAGGCAGAUGCUCAGGCAAAAGCUGCUGCUGCCAAGAAGGAGGAGGAAGAGAAGAAGAAGCAGGGUAAAAAGGGGAGUAAUGGAGAGUCAUCCACGGCUGUCGAGGAACAGAGUACAGAAGGAGAGGCAACGAGUGCAUCUGAAGCACAGAGUGAAGUGAUGCAGGUUGAGCAACAGCCAGCAGAUACAGCGACAGAGGUGGAAGCUACGCCAUCCGAGCCAACACCCACAGAAGAUGCAUCCAUGCUAAUACGAAUGUACAUGGAUGAAACUUCCACAGAGGCUCCAGCAGCAUCCACUGAUCAAGCUAUGGUAAGGACUUCUACCCCCGUCAAUGAAAGUGAACAACAUCCCUCGUCUGUGUCUCCGGCAGUAGUAGCUGCUACACCUGCUAGCUCUGUUGUUCAAGAUAUCAUCAGUGCAGCCACAGCGGAAGCCGCCAGUGUGAGUACUGAAGAUGAGGCUGCUACACCAGCUAUCGGGAGCCAUCUGGGUUCACUUACUGAAGCGGAAAGCACAGAACAAGAGGUUGCAGAGCAAGAGGGUGAUUCUUCUCCCAUGGCUCUCGAAGAAGAAGGGAUGACUACGGCAGCAAGUGGUAAGUUUUGAUGAAGAUAUCUGUUGGCAUUCUAUACAAGAUAUCAUUAUGCAAAGAUAUUGAACUUCUCCUGUGGUUAUGUUUGUGAAAGCUUAACCAUUUACAUCCUAACAUCUUAAUGGAUAUUCUCCAUACUGUUUCCUAUACAUUGCUUAAAGUACUGACAAGGAGAGUUUGUUCAACAAUCAAGAGCUGCUUUAGUUGGUGGUCCUUUCCUCUAUUCUUGUUACCUUAAUAUGUGAUUGUGGGGGGAAUUAUUGAACAGAAAAUUGACUGUUAGUCACUCUUUGAUAUCAUGGGUGAAAUUUAGCCCUCUUCUCUCACUCAGCUGACCUUACAGAACCUCCCCAAGCCGUCAUUACUACACCAACAUCAGAGGCAGAAGCAGAAGCUGGGCUUGCAGCAGAUUCGGAGCAGCCGGGCACUAGUGGAGAAGCUGCAGCUUUAACAAUAGACGGGAUCCCCAUCCCUGACGGAGUCGACCCUUCGUUUCUGGAGGCCCUGCCAGAGUCCAUUCGGCGUGAAGUGCUUGCUGAGCAGUUAGGCCUGCACCCCCCUCCAGCCUCACAGAGGAACACUGCAGCAGACGAGAAUGAGGGGAACACUGACCUCAAUGUGAGCCCUGAAUUUCUGGCAGCUUUGCCUCCGGAUGUCCAAGAAGAGGUGCGUCUACUUGUCUCCUGAGAAUGAGUACUUUGCAAUUUUAACAUUACUUUAGGUUUUUUGCGUGCCUAAUUUCGCGAACUUCAUGAUAGAUACGUCAAAAGCGCCAAAGUGUUCUUCGCCAUAAUCCAACUAAAGUGAACUUUUCAUAUUCGACCGAAAUUACUCCUUAGCUCAACAGCACUAUACAGUUCUGAAAUGACGGCGUGUCUCUCCCACAGUGAAGCCUUCUUACUGUUUAUUUGUGUGUUACAAUCUAGCUUUCUUUCGGUGAUUAAAUCUCGCAGUUUAUGAACCGCGAACGUACGUAAUUGAUGCUUGGCAGGUGGAGUCAUGGGCUUCGAGGGAAAAUAAGACAUCAACAUACGUUAGUGUUUUGUAUCGCUAAAUUUCCCUUCUCUUUAACAGUGUUGCUGUUCAGGUUAAGAAGGUAUUUUGCGGCGGUACUAUUUGAGAUAUAUUUGAUACCAGCAGCCAUAGUCGUGGUGCUGUGUUUUUUUAGCAAGACAGCAGACCUUUAGAGUGCUCCUCUACGCGUAAGAGUUGGAAAGGGUAGCGGUAAAGUUUUAAGAAAACUUGAUGUUGUGCUGGGUGCUACUGAGAUUAGCCAGAGUCCUACCCAGGUGCAAGAAUGCUAUGUAUGCAUAUUCUCCUUACUGUUCUUUAUACAUUCUAACGAUACUGGAAAGGAGAAUCUGUGGAACAAUCAGGAACCUCUUGCGUUUUCUAGAUACUCGCAAGGAGAAUUUUUUUCGGUAAUCAAGAGCUUCUUUAGUUGGUUUUUUUUUUCUCCUCGUGACCUUGAAGUUUGAUUCAGGGGUGAAAGUGGAAGGAGAAAUUAGAUUCCAGUCACUUCAAUAGUUGUAAGGCUUAACUUCUCUUCUUUUGGUUUUCAGGUCCUUCAGCAGCAACGCAUCGAGCAAGAAAGACGGCGCAACCAAACAGCCACUCCUGAGCAAGCUGUUGAUCCGGGCUCUUUCCUUCGUAACCUCGCCCCCUCCUUGAGGCAAACAGUUUUGGCAGACAUCGACGACUCUCUUCUUCCUUUACUACCAACUGACUUAGCCUCCGAGGCCCAGACCCUUCGGAGGGAGAUAGAAGCCAGGCAUCACAGGCUGCUUCAGGAGCGUUUUAACUUCGGAAGUGGAGACAGAGCAUCGGCGAUUUCAGCUCUAUUGCGUCACUCCGCCUUGUCACGCCACGGAGGAGGGUCCCAUUUUGCCAGACUGCUACCCUCGGGGGGUGGGUUAAGUAGCAGGGGUACAGGGUUUUCGAACGGUCCUUCGUACCUCCCUCCUCCAAACCGUAAGAUAGUUGGACGUCAUUUACUGGAUCACGAGGCUCUGGUGUGCCUCCUUGUGCUUCUCUUCGUGGAGGAACCUCGCCUAAAUACUGGACGUUUGCACAAAGUGCUUAGAAAUCUGUGCUAUCACGAGGAAACUCGAACAUGGCUGAUAAGUGCCAUGAUUUCGAUUCUAAGGAGAACUAGCGGGCAAACCUCAGACGGUUCUUGCCCUGUUCCUUGCGGAGAGAGUUCAUCGCACGCGGAGGCGUCGUCUUCGUCGAUGUCUGAGCCUGUGAGAACUGAGAGUCCUUGUAGACUCGAUGAGUACUUGCUCACUCGGGAACAGAGUUCUUCUGAUUCUAAAGCGUCAAAGCAACAAUCGUGGCUGUCGUUCGGUGUGCGCACGUCUUUAGGAUCACGGACAAAUGUGUUUGCUAUUAAGCGGCAAGGAAAAGUCGGACAGGAACGCAGCACGCUCGUUAGCAUACACCCUCAAGCUUCGCAGUUCGUUUGUAAGCAUGUGCUCGACGCGUUACUGUUCUUAGCGAAAAGCUUUCCUGCUAGUUUUGCUCCGUUUCAAUCGCCCGCAAAAUUGCAUCCGUCAUGUAGUAAAGAUGAUAGUUCUUCGACAGAGGGAAAAGCGGCGGGCUCUGCUUCACAAGACAGCACAGACUUUUGGGAUAUAUUGCUCAAACUCGAUACCGCUGGAAGCGGAAGAAAAGGGAAAAGUGCUGCAAAAACAGGUGCAAGUCAAAUUAGUUUAUCUGCGACGAAUGAUUCGCCUUUAGAGGAGUUUUCUUCGUCGCCUAUUGGACAGCUCUUAGGUGCACUUGAUGAACCUGUCGUACAAGGAAGUGUCGUGGUGACAGACAAGCUUUUGCGAUUGUUAUCAGUAACGUCUGCGGCGCUUCCAGACGUGCCCGUAAAAUCAAGCAGAAAAUUUGAAAGCUGCGAAACUGCGACUACUGAAGCAGUCCCUGCUGAAACUUCAGCGCAGGCGCCGACAGGAGAACCGGUCACCCAAUCUAUGAAUUCUACAGGAACCGUGACAAAUGUGACCGUGUCAGUUCCAGAGGAUAGUGGGACACCUCAUCACGUGACUGUUGAUACCCCCUGCUCGGAGACUGAGUCAGUGGCUUCGUCGCUAAUCGUCGAACGCUCAUCUGAAGCGGGAGGCGAACCACAUGAGGUGGAAUCACUCGACGGUGUGUCUGUUGACGAGCCGCUGUCCCACCCCAGCGAGACUUCUUCUCAUCCAGGGAUGGUGGAGCCCAUGAUAGUCGAAGUGACACCCCCUCUUGGUCCGCAUGCACCGGCAUCUAAUGAAGAGAGCUCGCUGCUGACAAUUACGACAGCUACAGUGGAGGCGGAGGCCGCGGGUAAGGAGAUUCCAGACCAGAAAACGUCCAUAGUGAAGGAAGGGGAGUUACGGUUGGUAGUGAACGUCCUUACUUCUGGAAUGUGCUCGGAAGAAGGGCUUGAGGAUGCGACCACACUUCUGCUCCAAGUUUCUCGCCUGAACCCGCAAACUCGUGACAGUGUUUUACAGCUGUUAUUGGAGGGAGCUCGGAGAAUUGGACAGACAUUGCAAGAGAACAUCGCUGUGCUACUAAGUGAAUUGAUUGAACAUAACAGGAAUGCUCCACCGAAGGACGAAUCUGACCUCAAGAAAGGUGAAAAUGAAACCUUGCUUGUAUUUCCCAAUUUAAUUGAACGAGAAAUGAGAGCUUCGUCUGAGGCAGGUGAAUAAGAGAUCAUUUCGGACCUCAACGGAAGACAUUCGCUCCUCUCUGCGCGAUAGCUAUGACGUGAAAUGCUCCAUGUACUAUUUUGGAAAGUCAUCAAUCCAGCCUCAUCUUUGUGAUGACCACCUCCUUUCACCCAAUGACUUUAUUAUCACGACCAGUUUUCAUAGCUAGUCGACACCCCUGUUUUUGUGUUUUCACUUUUUUUUCUCUUCGUAGUGUAGUAGAACAGGGACCAAGCACCACUUUUGGCAAACGUUGCAUGUUUCAGUCACUACAGUCGUAUGAUUUUUAUUUCCAGUAGAUGGAUUAUUAUUUUAGGCUGACAGAUCACAACUUCUUUUACUUCAUAGGUAAGAGACCGGCCUCUCUAGUACUUCCCAGUGCUCCUCGUAGGCCAACAAGGGGCGGUCACCAAUCUGGCUGGGCAACCAUGCCUGCUGGCUCGAGGGCCAGGCAACAAAAUAGACAAGUGCGGUACGAUCUUCAUCUGCCGUCCAUGCCCGCUCUCACUUGCAAGACUUCCAGUCAGGCGCUGUUACUGAGAGUUCUUAAAGUGAUUCUUCAGCUGAGAGAAGCGGCGAGGAAGACUGCAUCUGGAACGACGUCGGCAAGAACAAGAAGUGCACAGAGGAGGGGUGAGUUUGCACUCUUUUAUUCACGAAAAUUUGGGUUGAAAAUUAAAGAUUUAAAAGAGAAACUUUUAACUUUUCUACCCCCAAGUGUGAUCUAAUUUUUUUUCUUCCUUCGAAUAUGACCUCAAUUUUUGCGCGUAAAGAUGACGAGAAAAACGAACAACAUCAACCAGGGGAUAAUGUUUGGUUUUACCCUUUAACUCCCAUGAGUGACCAAGACAGAAUUUCUCCUUACAAUAUCAAUAUAAUAUCAACCAGAUAAGUGAUGAGAAAAAAGAAUAAUAUCAAUUUGGGGAUAAUGAGUUGAUCCGAUACUAAAUUCUCCAAACUAGUAUCAUAAGAAUUGUAUGAUAGGUAGUCAGCAGAAUUACUAAGUAGAUCUUGGAGUGAAAGAGUUAACACCAAACUCUCGAGGCUAAGAUGAUUACAAGUAUAUGACAAGCAGUAGGGGAAGUGAACGUUUUGAUCGUGGCAGUGGUAGGAUUUUAUUUGUAACGGGAGGAUGUCAAAGAAACUCCCAGUCCACCAUGAAGAUUUGAAUGCAGGCCUGUCCCGAUUUUUCCGGUCAAAUACUUUACCUAUAAAGUCACUGAGGAUUUGCUUGCAAGCCAGAACAUACACUCGGUUGAGAUUCGACACAGCCCCGUGUUCCGCCCGUAUCUUACAACAGUUUAUGUCGAAUUCCAGUCACAGAUGAGAGUUCAGUGGUCCAGCGUCUCGUGCAAGGAUCGCGUGGUUUGGGUGCUGUGAUAGCCGCCAUAGAAAACGAGGCGGAAGCCAUCUUUGAAGCAUUCUCACACAUGCGUGCUCUACGCUCUGAACACCACGGAGAUCAAGCGAGGGUUGGUGGACCGCGGAAUGAACCGGUGCCUCAAGGAGGGAGGAGUCAGGAUGGAAACAGAUCUGACGGGGGUGCUCAGGGGGGAGAAGGUGAGUUGUUUUGAUGUUUUAAAGAAGGGGGACGAAGAAUGCAUAAAGACGGAAUGUUUUGUUGUAUAAUCCAAUGCAUUAUUAACGUAUUUUCAUGGAAAACUAAUGUUUUUAGAUCAUUUACCAGGUGCGUCGACAUCAGGAGGUACAAACGAACCCGACUUACCGCUACUGAGCGAGCAGAUCACCCUGGAGGAGCUGUGGGAGACGUUAGGCGAAUGCUUAGCGGAGUUGGGCCGAACGUCCGACAGUCACGCUGUACUGGUACUGCAACCCGCUGUUGAGGCUUUCUUUCUUGUCCACGGCACAGAAAAACAGGUGAUUACUGCAUUUGUGGCACUUUCUUUAAAACUAAGCCCAAAAAGUGUUGUCACCGUUGCAAAAAUCUUGAUUACUCUGCCAUUUUAGGCCAAAAACCACCCCGCCAAAAAUUACGUCCCACUAUUAAAAACAGGUCGAUUUUUUUAAACUAAGUUUUCUUGCGUAAACCACUUGCCCAUCCGGUAUCUUGUUUCAGUCGAUUUGCAUGUAAAGGCUGAAUCAAUCGAUGAAGUGACCUAAUUUAUUUACAAGGUAAAAUUUCAGUGUUAACAAAGCCAAUUCUGAGUGCAGCAAGAAAUAUUCACAUAAACAAAAUAAAGGGUGAAGAAAUUUGCCGCGAGUUAAGCUUCUGCUGAUCACCCUUUUUCGCUCGUUUUGCGUCCCUUCCUGUGCACUAUUUUAAGAAAAACUUGGUGUCGGAAAAUUUUCCAGUAAUUAUUAGUAUUUGUUUUGGGAGUGAGCUGCGACAUUCUCAUAACUGACCCUUUGACCCCUAAGAGUGAGUGGUUUCUUAUUUCUCGUUACAGUAUCGCCCUUGAAUCAAUUGUAAAGGUCACUGUAAUGAGGGAUAUGAUCACCGAUUUAGGAAGUCCCUCUUUGCAAAAUGUCAAAAGAGGAAAUGUUCAGAAAACAGUGUGGAGAAUGAAUGCCAGUGUUAGGGUGUGAAGGUUAAAGUAAGGGACAACUUUCUUCCUCGCUUAUCUUUCUAGGAGAACACCUCGACUCAAAGUCAAGGCGAACAACCGCGCUCCGGUCAUCGAUUAUCGUCUUUGAGCUCAGAAGUGAUGCCUGCCUCCCCUGGGCCUUUAUCACCAGGCCCCUUGAGUCCAAACCGACAGAUGUCAGUCACGUCUGUGACGGCAGAUCUGCCAUCGGACACACAGAAGUUCCUUCGAUUCGCUGGUUAGAAAACUGGGGUUCUUGCAUGCAUGUUUUUUUUGGGUCUAUAUUUCUAGAAAGGGGGAGCAUUUGCACUUUUUUAUACCUUGGUAGAAGAAGAUGAAAAUAGUCUUUAAAGUAUACGUAGAGGUCUGAACAUUAUCUUUCAGUUUUUUGCACAAGCUUCUCAAAUGGUAAAUGGGAAAGGUCGUUAAUCUCGUGGAAAAAAAAGCGACGCAUGGCCCUAAAAUAAGCGAAGAAUUCUUUCGAAAGUUUGAACGUUUGUUAUUGUUUUACAGAAAAGCACCGUACUGUAUUGAACCAAAUCCUACGUCAAUCCACUGUUCACCUGGCUGAUGGUCCGUUCGCGGUGUUAGUUGAUCAUACACGAGUGCUCGACUUUGACGUCAAACGUCGUUUCUUCCGUCAAGAGCUCGAACGACUCGACGAAGGAAUCCGACGAGACGACCUUACGAUCCACGUCCGACGCGAACACGUGUUCGAAGACUCGUACCGAGAGCUCCACCGGCGAAGCGCAGAGGAGAUGAAGAGCCGACUGUAUGUCGUGUUCGAAGGCGAAGAGGGACAAGAUGCCGGAGGACUUCUGAGAGAAUGGUUCGUGAUCAUGUCCCGGGAGAUGUUCAACCCUAAUUAUGCCCUCUUCACCACCUCCCCAGGGGACAGAGUAACGUAUCAACCCAACGCAAGCUCCAACUGUAACUCCAACCACCUGAGUUACUUUAAAUUCGUCGGCAGGAUCGUGGCGAAGGCGAUUUACGACAACAAGCUGUUGGAUUGUUUCUUCACGCGCUCCUUUUACAAGCACAUCCUGGACAAAGCUGUGCACUUCACGGACUUGGAGUCGUUCGACUACGCUUUGUAUCAGGGUCUGCAUUACUUGUUGGAACACGACAUCAGUGAUAUCGACAUGGAACUCACGUUUAGCACUGAGGUAACACUCGUAUUAUAGAGUGCUUUUUAAAGCAAUUUUUAGAACUAAAUCCUAUUUGAUCACAACGUCCAAUCAGAAAAGAGGUUAACGUCGCAACCAGCCAACAAGAACUGUUAAGAUGGUUAACCGGUCUGAAGCGCGGGAAAACCCCAGAGAUUAGGUAGCAAAUGUUUUACCUUUGCAUCUAAUUGGUUCAGAGGAUGGUGCGAGUUUUCUGAACCAAUUACGAAGCGAAGUGACCAAGUGGUGUACCUUUGCAUCUGAAUUGUUUAGAAUAUGGUGCAUAUUUUCUGGAACAAUCAUCAAACGAAUCGAAGUAAAACCGAUGCAACCCCAUAUUUCUUUCGACUCGCAUUCAUAAAUUACUUCAUAACCUCAAUAUGUUUUCCAGGUUCACGAAUUCGGUUUGUCAGAAGUCCGCGAAUUGGUAAAAAAUGGCAAGAACAUCGCUGUAACGGAAGAAAACAAGAAAGAGUACGUACAAAGAGUGUGCCAGAUGAAAAUGACCGGAGCAAUCAGGAACCAGCUUGACUCCUUUCUGGAAGGUUUUUACGACAUCAUUCCCAAACGUCUGAUUUCCAUCUUCGACGAACAGGAACUAGAGUUGUUGAUCUCUGGGCUUCCAAACAUUGACUUGGAUGACUUGAAAGCGAACACUGAAUACCACAAAUACACGGAGAACUCAUUACAGGUACGAAAUGUCAAGUACUGACUAUCUUGUGCUUGUAGUCCCGAUGAUGUCUCUAAAGUAGAGUUUCAUUGUGAAACCUCCGUCUCUGUAACCCCCUUGAAAGGAGACACUUUCUGAUCCUGAGUGAGUCCCCUUAGUGGAGGUUCAUUGUACAACCUCGGCAUCUCUGACCCUCACCUAAUGGACACCUAAUGUGGGACACUUUUUCUAGUCUCGAGUCUGACCCCUUUGUCUACGUUCAUUGUUUAACUUCCGAGUUUGUGGCUUAUACCGAUGGGAUAUCUGAUUCCCGGAGUAAAACCUUUGAUAACAUAUUUCUUCGAUACUCUGUCGCAGAUCCAAUGGUUUUGGAGAGCCUUGCGUUCUUUUGACCAGGCGGACCGAGCAAAAUUCCUUCAGUUUGUCACAGGGACAAGCAAAGUUCCUUUACAGGGAUUUGGUGCCUUGGAGGGGAUGAAUGGAUUCCAAAAGUUCCAGAUUCAUCGCGACGAUCGGUCCACGGACAGGUUGCCCUCUGCGCACACAUGGUGAGCUUUUUUUCCGUUCCAUUUUCUAUGACAGUGUAUUUCAGGAGGAGGUAUUGUUCUAUGCUGCCGUUAGUAGCAGCGAACGAUAAGAAUUCUGUAGAGGUUGUUGUCGAUGUUUCGUAGAUGUAAUAAUACAAAAACAUAAAUGUUGUAUACUUCCAGUAGGUUGACUGAAUUUUUCCGUUCUAUACGGAACACUGUACACACAUUGUACGGUUAGUUUUAGCCUGCAGUACAGGUGUCUAGUAAGGAAGGGCAAGAUACUGUGGCGAUUUCGCGAUUGUUCACUAAGACAACACAUCGUAAGGAUAGGUGGAUCGAUAGGGGAGGGGCGGGUAAAUACUUAUUCUUGCCCCCUCCCUUCUCCCCUUCUCAGACCUGUUUUUCAUCUCCCCCUUCCCUCUUCCCCGAAAGGAAAAAAAAAAUCCCUUAUUAAAGAUUUCAUGGUGGUUGUUGAUUGUUUAUCUCAGCUUUAACCAGCUGGAUCUCCCAGCCUAUGAGACGUACGACAAGCUACGGUCCAUGCUCAACAAGGCGGUAGACGAGUGCCCUGAAGGAUUUGGUUUGGCGUAAAACGUACACAAACAGCAGACUUAAAGGCUGAGAUUUUGAAACAUGAACAGGACGAUACACUGUCGUUUUAGGGUUGAGUGUUGCACCUUGAGUCGGUGGACUUGAAGUGAAAACUAUACCGAACAUUGAACUCUGCGAACAAGAAGAGGAAAAAAGACAAAUCUAAAGUAUUGGAGGUGUUUAAGAAUGAAUCACUGGAUCGUUUACGGCCUUCAUAUGGGAAGUAUUGUACAGGGAUGAUUUUUCCUCUCUUUGGGCGAAGAAGAAUUUUAUAAUUGCCCUUUGAAGCAGUGCGUGACAAGAGUAUUGAAGCACAAGGUUGUUGUUACGCAAGAAUAUUUCGUCUUAAGACGACGCGUACACAAAGAACUACAUGCGUUGACAUACAAAGAACUUUGAUACUUACUGAUGUAGUCUGCUUGGCGAUAAAAUAUUGCUUUUCUUUUCGUAUCUAAAUGGUAAAGAGAUGAGAACACAAACUUCUUAUUUGGAGUUUGGUGAAACUGUUUAAGGCUUUAUCUGAGAGUGCGUGACCGUUAUUGGAGUGACAAAGGUGUCACGUAAGAGUCACGUUGAAAAGACAUUCUCGAACAUUUUGAUUGAAAUAGUUACCAAUCCACGCCAAACUGACGCGUUUAUUUAGAAAAGAUUUUGAAACAAUAAAGCGGUUUCUAUUUCCAAGUUAGCUAUCGAUUAUUCUUUCCUAAUUCUGUGAUAUUUCUCCUGAACAAUGCCUGUUGCAAAUUGCUGUAAAGGCGGAGAAUUUUGCCUUCAUUUCUUGUACGAAAACUGAAACAGAAAUCCGUUAGCUUUUGCGACAUUUCAGCUAUUUCUGUUAUUGAACUAGUUCGGAGAUUUUGAUAGAUAAAAUUGCUUUUUCUCUGGUGAUUACGUCCUAGAUUCUCAUAACCUUUCGUUUUGAGCUUUAUAUUAAUUCUCUGACUCCUAAGAAUGACGUGCAUCCUAAGUAUCCUUCGAUUAUCACCCCUGAAUCACACAUUAAGGUU